AAGUUAUAUAUAUAAAACUAUGUAACAUUUGACAAAGCUUUUCUCUAUUUAAAUGUAGUAAAAUAUAUAUAUGUAAAAUAUAUAUGCAUCUGUCAAGUGUUACAUCUGUCAAACAUUACAUAUAUUUUACAUAUAUGUGCAUCUGUCAAAUGUUAUGUAGUUUUUUUUUUAAAAAGAUAUUUCCGUAACUAAACAUUUCCCAGUCUGAAUUUCUUGAAAGCUUUUGCUUAGGUUAAGUUGUGGGAGAAAAACUGAACUUACCCGGUUAGCUAUACUAUCUCUUAGCUGUCUUUUUACUUUAUCCAUCUAUUUUUUACUUUUUUUUCGAAACACAGUAACACUAGUGGAGAGGUCUUUUCACAUUGCCUGACUCUCCUGGUCUGUCCCAUAAGGUUCCAUGUACUCUGUCCAGAACUCAGCUUAUAUAUCAGAAGAUUCUGUCUGGUCUGCUCAGUCAGAGAUAUAAGUUCUCAUUACCUCAGUGUGUGUGUUUGUAUCUGUAUUUAAUGAUGUUUGUGCUUGGCUUUGGCUCGGAAUUUUGAAAUCUUUGCAGAGUUUCCCAAUUUGGUGGACAGUUUUAGAAAUAAGGAUGUCAGUAGGGAAAAAAAAAAGCACAGAAAAAUAGUUUCCUCUUUCAUCUGUGUCCCACAUUAUACAAAUGUUCACUGAAAACAGCACCAAUUUUCUGGGAAAGGUUUUGACUAAGACUUUUCUCACCCUUUACCCCUACUCUUCAAUUCAUGGUUCCUUCUUAUAACGUGGUCAUGUGCUUGCCCAAGCCUGGCUUAUGAACCGUGCAGAAUAUUUGUGGGGUUUUGUUUUUUAAGCCCUAAACUGUGCACAUGAUGCAGUAUUUAAUUUGGAAUGAGCUCUAAGUUUAGUCACAUGUGCUUCUUGUGGUGUUUAUCUUGGAAUCCACAAGUAGGAGGGAAGUAUUUUUGCAUUUUAUACAUCUGGACAUUGUUCAUGGUCCUUCUGUAACUUGGGAAUUCUGUGUGGAGCAAAAUCCGAAGAAGGGUAUUAAAAAUAACAUGGAGUUAUAAUGACAUCUAAUUCAAAACCCUUGAGAAUACCCUUCUGAUCCCAGCAGAGUUCUUUUUUGAGGUGGUGAACUUUUUCAAUUGUGUGUGGUUCACUGCUGGCCUGAGGAGAAUGCUGGGAUUAUAAGGUUACCUGAUACCCUUGCAUGUAGGCUAAUGGGUUUCUAGACAUUCUGAAAGUCUGUUGCAGAUUUGGCAUGGAGGAAGAUUUUGCCUUAAUUUUGCAUGGGGUAAGAUAGGUAAAGUGAUUUCUACUCCCUGCUGCUAUGCCUCUGUCACAAGCAUUGUAAGAGACCUGUUAGACUCUCCCUAUUGCUCUCUUAAACUUGCCUAAUUCCAGCCAGCUUAGAGCUAAAAGUUGACCCUGAGAAUGCCUCAUGCUCUCUGUCAGAACUGGGGGUUUAGUAAACUUAUCCUUCCCCUGAUUUCAUAUAAGAAGUUGUUUUGAACAGGAUUGGACAUACAGAUAUAGCACAGUCACUCCUCCUUUUGGCUAGGGGUCUGCUAGAAUGGAAGCAGUGGGAAGGGAUGUACAGAAACUACUGCUCUUUGAGUGAGUUUGCAUAUGGACAGUAUUGCUUUUUGGCCCCAGCCUAGUUUUCUUUUAUUCCCAAGUCUCAUCUUUUAUGCAGCUGCAGAGAGCAGGCUGGGAAAGCAGAAUGAACGCUUCAAACAGAUUUGCACUUCAAUAAAAGAAAGAGUGAUUUCUCUUGUUCAGAGUACAGACCAGUUUGGGUAGAAAACUGUUUGCUUUUUUACUUUCUGGGUAGGGACUCUUUGCUUUUCUCUCUUUAAAUGUAGUAAAGAGAGGAAAAGUGAAUAAAGUAGUUAGACCUGCUGGUUAUAAUUCACAGAGAAUUUUCAAAUGUGUUUAAUAAAGUCUCUCGUAUAAUUAUAACAGAAAUAAGUAAUUGGUGGGGAAAGGUUAAAAUCCUGUCGAGGUUUAAGAAUCAGUUAAAUACGAGGCAGUAUGCUUGGAUGAGACAACUCAACUAGGAGCUGCUUCUCUUUGCUGAUUUCUCUGGCUUUUGGGAUUUUCCCCCUUUUACUUUCAUAAUGCAUUCUGCAACUUUCAUUAUAAAAAUCCAUCAAUGUGUACACUUCUAGCACAUAAACACAUCCUGGUCCUAUUUUGGAAAUCACAAUGUAGAGAGAAUAGCUUGACUUCAGCUGGAGAGAAGUUAAUGAUAGGAAACCCAAGGAUUGAUACCAAGAUCGUGCUUGUUUAGUGUUUUAAUGACUCCAGAAGGAAAUGGUGAAAUCUGCUGAUGACAUCAAAUUGUUUUUGCUGAUCCAAACAAGGAUUUCUGGGAAGCUGCUUCAGAGCAUUUGGAAUAGUAGAAGAAUUGAGCAAUAUGGUGGCAGACACACUGAACUUAAAGUGAAGGUUUAUGUGAAGUAGCAGGAGUAACGUCAAUGCGUUGAAGUUUCAAAGCCUGCCAAGUCUUCCAAGAAGACUACAGAGUCUUUACAGUUUUAUGAAAGGAAGACUUAAGACAGAGAACAUUGAUAUGUAUAACAAAUGAAAACUAUAUGGGAAUAGUUGCAGUUAUAAAAUUCAGUGACUUAAAAAUAUGAUGCCCGAGUUUCUUUCUUUUUAAAUGUCAGCAGUAGUGUAUCCAAAUGAAUGUUGUUUCUCUCAAAAUGGUCGUAGAAGAUAUAUACCCAUUUAAUGCAUACUUCUUUCUUGGUAAGUUCUUUUGUCAGUUUUCUGUGGUGGCAGGUCUUUCUUUUGUAGGCUGUUUUGAAUUUUGAAACAGUCAACUGUCAUUUAGAGCCGAGUGUGAUGAGUAAGAUGGGUAGUCAAACUAAUAGACUGAAAUAUAUUAAAUAUAAUAAAUAAAAUGUAAAGUAGUAAAACAUAUUUUCUUUUAUUGCUUUCAAAACAGACUCUAAAGGAAAUUACCAAUGAGAAAUUGCAAAAAAUUUUUGUGUACUAGUAGUAUUAGAUUAGUUCUUGGUUGAUACAUUUCACAAACAUCACUUAUUUAGAUAUGUAAGUUAUGAGGCUUGUACUAAUACACAUUUUCUUAUAUUGGAGACAAACCAUGUUUAUAAGUGACCUUUUAAAACUUUUUUCUUUGUGCUCCCUAAAUAUACACUUAGGGAGGAAGAAGGAGGUUUUGAAUUAACUGGAGAUUUCCUUAAUAUGUUGAGUUUUCUGGCUAAAGGUACAUCUUUGUAAUGAAAAAGACCCUGUGGGUUAAAAAAUAUGAUGGGUACUGUCAUAGGCGCCGUGGGCUGGCCAUCUUUAUCCAUCCAUUUGUCUAUUAUUCCUUCCAUCCAUCCAUCCAUCCAUCCAUCCAUCCAUCCAUCCAUCAAAUCAUUUUUUACCACUGGCUGUGGAGUUGACAUCCAUUUAUUUUAAAAGAACAGUGAAUUACAGCUCUUUUCCUCAAGAUGCUUGGUUUUAUUUGCAUGGUGGUAUAUCCAUGUAAAACAAAUAAACAGUCUGGGCACAGUGGCUCAGACGCGUAUAAUCCCAGCACUUUGGGAGGCCGAGGCGAGUGGAUCACGAGGUCAAGAGAUUGAGACCAUCCUGGUCAACAAGGUGAAACCCCGUCUCUACUAAAAAUACAAAAAUUAACUGGGCAUGGUGGUGCGCGCCUGUAGUCCCAGCUACUCCGGAGGCUGAGGCAGGAGAAUUGCUUGAACCCAGAAGGCGGAGGUUGCAGUGAGCCAAGAUUGUGCCAUUGCACUCCAGUCUGGGUAACAACAGUGAAACUCCUGUCUCAAACAAACAAACAAACAACAACCACAAAAUAAAUAAACAGCAGUCAUUUUCACUGAUGUGAGUGGAGUAAAUGGUUUUGAAGCUUUAUCUAUGGAAUCUUUAUUUUGCUUAAGCACUUAGAAUACUAUUUGACCUACAGUAAGCCCUCAAUAAAGGUUUGUUAUUAUUACUGUACCUCUUUCCUCUAAUGUAUAGAGGUAAACAUGUUGGUUCCUAUUAUGAUACUUGGGUUAUAAUGAAUUCGGGCCCACUUAAGAAGAAAGUGGAAAGAAAGCAGGUAAAUUGUUGCUCAGAUACUAAAUAUGGGUGGAGAUACAGAUAUAGGUAUAGAUAGUGUAUAUAGGUAGGUAUUUACAUCUAAGUACAUUGUAUAAAGUGACAGAUUCUAAAUUUGCUGCAUUUCUUGUUUCUUUUGCUGGAUAAAACCAGCAAAAGUGAUGUGAUCUGAACAGACACAGUAGAUGGCACUAUAGACUUAGUUUUUAAAGAAAACAGUGCAGGCAGGGGGUGUGGAGGCAGAAGAAAACUAAAGCACAUUUUAAUAGGCGCUUUUGUACCACCAAGACAAUUUCAUUUUAGAGUACGUGCCUUUAAGAAGUAAAGAUUUUUUUUGUUUGACAGAGCUGAAAAAUAAUUUUAGGAAAACUAAAUCUCCCAAUUGCUAUGUUUGUGCCAGCUUUGUCACUUGGAAAAUAUUAGUUGUGUUUUAAGCCACAAAUAUAUAAGGAAGUUAUUUUCUUUCAAAACAUUGCCUUAUUUAUGAGGUUUUUUUGGUUUUUGUUUUUUUAGCUGUCUUUGUCUCUGUAUUUUAAUAUUUUUGCUCCUAGCUUUUUUGGCCCUUUAUUGUUUUUGUUUUUUGUAAGAAUGUGGUUGUAAAGUUAAUUUGAACCAUAUCAAUAUGACUAUAGUGUCAUAUUUUAAAAUUUAGCUAUAUUUUAACAGGCCUUAAAAAUAUAGGUUUACAUUAAAGAAUAAUGCAGUGUUUUUGAUACUACAGUAGUGUGCUUUGUGUACUUGAUCUUAUUUAAUCUUAGUACUAAUUGUAUGAAUAUCAUUAUUCACUUUUUUAGGUAAAUAAACGAUCUCAGAGAUACUUAGUAACUUGCCAAGCUCAUAUACCUAGUGGUUGAACUGGUAGUUGCUGCAAGAGUUUGAUCAACAUAUUAAAGUUGUAUUUUUUGAGCACUUACUGUGUGUCAGGCAGUUAAUCACUGGGCAUACCAUAGGGAACCAAAGGUGACCUGGACCUUGCCCUUAUGAACUUUAUAGUUAUUAGAUACCCAAUAGACAUUUUUUGAAAUCUGCUGGAUUAAGUGAGUCAAGAAGAUGCAAAGAUGAAUUUGAGGCAUUGUGAUUGUUGGAUAAGCCAGGGAGCCCUUUCACCAAAAAGAAAGAAAAAAUCAUAUCUACCUUGAAUGUAUUGCUAUAUUAAAAUAUUUUUUUAGUUGUAUUCCUUGUAGCCAAGGAAAAAGCAAGACUUGGCUACAGUGAGUGGCUAAACUGUCUUCUAGAUAAGAAUCAGUAAUAGUAAGGAAAAUCUGGCUAUACUAUUAUGUCAAAAAUUUCCACUGAUUAAAUGUUAUUAAAAUAUCUAAAGCAAGAAGGUGUUAGUCAGCAGUGGAAGUCUGAGAUAUUAAAGUGGUUUGUGCACAGUCUAAGACCAUGUUACCUUCUAGAUGGCUUCUCUAGUGUCGUCUGGUGAGACCUUUUAGAGUACAGCCAGCUUAGUGAUACCCCAAAUUGCCAACUACUCCUUUCAUCUUGGGACAUUAAACAUUUUUCUUUCAAUUGAUUUUUCUUCAAAAAGCUUCACUUUAUUAUUUUCACACACGAUACCAAGCUCCUGGGAUAUUGAAGGGUAUGUGAUUGGUGAAUAAACAGACCAAGAGUUGUUUUUUGCUUGUUUAGUUUUUGCCAUAGAGUCUCGCUUUGUCACCCAGGCUGGAGUGCAGUGGCACGAUCUCAGCUCCUGGGUUCAAGCAGUGCUUGCGCCUCAGCCUCCUGAUUAGCUGGCAUGUGCCACCAUGCCCAGCUAAUUUUUGUAUUUUUAGUAGAGAUGGCGUUUCACCAUGUUGGCCAGGCUGCUCUCGAACUCCUGACCUCAGGUGAUCCGCCCGCCUCAGCCUCCCAAAGUGCUGGGAUUAUAGGCGUGAGCCACUGCCUCUGGCCCACACCAAGAGUUUUAAAUUGAGGUCCAUGAUUGGGUUUUAGUAAGUGUAUAGAAUGCCUCAAAUUAUAUAAAAUUUUAUGUGUGUGUACUUAUAAUUUUUCUGGGAAGAAAGUCCAUAGCCUUCACAAGUUUCCCAGUGAGUUUCAUAACCCUUAAAUGGUUAAAAAUUGUUAUAAUUAAGACUUUAUCAAAAGGGGUGUUCAACAUUCACUCCAGUUCAGGAUGGUGGAAAGAUAACUCUCUUCUCAAACAGGCAUCUUAGAGGAAGGGCUGUUUCAGUUCCUUUUAAUAACUGUAAUCUUGAGAUUUGGAGUGAAUUUGGGAUUUGAAAAUCCCAAAAUACAGUUUCAGAACUCUCAGCAAUUAGUGCUAUAUCCUGUUUUGAAUUGAGGGAUAACUUUGGGGGAAUUUGAAAUUUUCUCUAAUUCAACCUUUAAUCAGAUAAAUGAUUAUUUUUGAAAAAUGAAAUAGAAAGGAGUAGGAAAGGGGGAAAAGUUGUUACAUUUCUCUCUCUUUUUUUUUUUGAGAUGGAGUUUAGCUCUUGUUGCCCAGGCUGGAGUGCAAUGGCACGAUCGUGGCUCACUGCAACCGCUGCCUCCUGGGUUAAGUGAUUCUUGUGCUUCAGCCUCCCGAGUAGCUGGAGUUACAGGCAUGUGCCACCAUGCCCGGCUAAUUUUGUAUUUUUAGUAGAGACAGUGUUUCACCAUGCUGGUCAGACUGGUCUGGAACUCCUGACUUUGGGUGAUCUGCCCGCCUCUGCCUCCUAAAGUGCUGGGAUUACAGGUGUGAGCUACCACGCUCAGCCUAGAAAUUAAUUUAUAAAUUUUAUUUCAUCCCUGGUUAAAAGAGUUCUUUUAGAUAAAACAAAAGUCUUUGGUGUAAGCAAUAUGAUCAUACAAAUGGAUAUUGUGCUUUUUAAAAAAACAAAAGAAAACACAGGUUUAAGGAGAGAAGGGAUGGAUAUACUACUUCUGUCUUUCCUAUCUUCUGCCAUAUGCUAAGCUUUGUGUAUAUUCCACUGAGGAGCAGGACAGUGAUAACUUAAACUUGCAGCUAUAUAUUUCUGAUUAAGUUGUUACUUAUGGUUCUAGAUAGAAGAAUAAAGAAGUAAAAUUAGAUUUCUUAAUUUGAUAUAUUUAAGUCUCUUAUUUUGAUCUAUUAUAUUUGAUAAAACAGUAAUCUUUCAGUGCUAGCCCUGUUACACAUCAUAAUAAUAUCCAUCAAAUAGGGUUGUGGUGAGGAUUAGACCAAAUAAUAAAUGUAAACUGUUUAGUGCCAUGCCCUGAACUUAACACAUGCUUAUUAAAUAUUAACUAUUGCUGUUACCAUUAUCACCAUCAUUAAUAAACAUCUAUGUUAUAUAUCCCCAUGACUGAAUGUACAGUAUAAAGCAUAAAUAGUAAAAUUAUCCAAAGACAAAGAGGAAUGGGAAGGUCCAGUUGAUUAGCCUCUUGUUUAGAGGAGCAGAUUAUUCCAGGGGUUAGGAAAUACUUUCCUGUAAGGCAUGUUAACUUUCAUUUAUGGAUUGAUGGCAAUAUAAAUACCUCUUUUGACAUGAGAAAAAUAUAAUAAUGGCAUUACAUCAAUUAUAAAUUUCAUGAGGGCAGGAACUGUGUUUGAUUUACUUUGUGUCCUUAGCUCCCAUAUUAAUGUCUGGCUCAUGGAAGGUGUUCCGUUAAGUAUUUGUUGUCAUCUCUCUAUGUUUUCUUCUUUGUCUUUCUUUACCUUCCAAAAAGAGUUGUUUUUAUAUUCAUAAUUUCUUAUUUCAUCAGUAAUGUGACUCCCCUAGAAUUAUUAGUUAAAAUACAGAUCUUUCUUGGAAAGAGACUUCUUUGUUUGAAGCAAAUGAUUUGGGAGAAAACUUAACAUUCAGGCUUAAGGUAUUUCCGUAUAAAGACUCAUAUUUGAUCCUAAAAAACAAAAUAACUUAUCUUCAUUUGUACAUAUGUUAGAAAAUUCCUAAUGUUUAACACUUAAGUUGCUUUGUGUUCUGGUGUAUAUAUUAUAAUGGAAAAAUCUGUAGCCUAAAAGGCCCUGUUUUCAAUUAGAUAUUUAAGAAACACUUUUUACUCUCCUAUUUUAAAGGAAAACUUUACAUAGCCCAUUUAUCUUCAUGUUGUUUUGAGCCAGCAAAACAUUUACAACUAUUGAAAAUAAGGUGUUUUUUCAGAAAUCAAUACUGAUCCAAAAGAAGUAUAGCUACUGUGACAAACUUAGGUAAAUAGUUUUAUUUGUUAAGGAAAAAGUCUGUCUUAUGGAGUUGUAUAUAAAGUACUAAAUUGAAUAUAUAGUUGUAUGUUUGUGUUCCUAUUGCUUACUAGAGUCUGGAUGUACAUAGAGUCAGCAUAAUUUGUUAUGGUCCAGAGGAAUAUAUAUUUUAAGAUGGACUCUCCUAAGAGUGUCUUGCUUGGUUGUAGGAUCAGAUGCGAUUAAGUUCAGAUAGGAGACAUUUUGAACUUCUCUGGUUGUAGAGAUGCUGCUUCCCUAUUUCCUACAAAUAUACAGUGUACUCUGGAUGUCUUCUGAGACAGAGUAGAAAUAGAGCAACCUCUUGCAACAGGAAUUGGGGUCUGGACAUAUAUCCUACCCAGCAGCACUAUUAUAAGUAUUUUAGUUUUGCUAGCAAAUUUCCUUACAGUACACAGCCAUACCUUGAAGAUAUCAUGGGUUUGGUAUCAGAUCACCACAAUAAAGUAACUAUUAUAAUAAUGUGAGUCAUACAUUUUAAAAAUUUCCCAGUGCAUAUAAAGGUUGUGUUCAUACUAUACAGCAGUCUAAGUGUGCAAUAAUAUUAUGCCUAAAAAAGCAAUGUACAUACCUUAAUUUAAAAUGCUAAUGAUCAUCUGAGCCCUCAGAGAGUCAUCAGCUUUUUGCUGGUGGAGGGUCCUCUCUCAGUGUUGAUAGCUGCUGACUGCUCAACGUGGUGGCUGCUGAAAGUUGGAGUGGCUGUAUCCAUUUCUUAAAAUAAGACAACAAUAAAGUUUAUUGAUGGAUGCUUGAAUCAAUUUACUCUUCCUUUCAUGAAAGAUUUCUCUGUAGCAUAUCAUGCUACUUAAUAGCAUUUUACUCACAGUAGAACUUCUUUUAAAAUUGGGAUCAGUUCUCUGAAACCCUGCUACUGCUUUAUCAACUAAGUUUAUGAAAUAUUCUAAAUCCUUUGUUGUCAUUUCAACAAUGUUCUUAGCAUUGUCAACAGGAGUAGUUUUCCAUCUCAAGAAAAUAACUCCUUUGCUCAUUCAUCAUUACUUUGCUCAUACCUUAUCCCUCAUCUGUUCAAGUUUGGUCAUGAGAUUGUAACAAUUCAGUCACAUCUUUAGGUUCCACUUCUAACUCUAGUUUUCCUGCUAUUUGUAUCAUAUCUACAGUUACUUCCUCCACUGAAGUCUUAAAACCUUCAAAGUAAUCUAUAAGGCUUAGCAUCUUCCUCACGCCUGUCAGUGUUGAUGUUUGGACCUCCUACCAUGAAUCAGAAAUAUUCUUAAUGGCAUCUAGAAUGGUAAAUUAUUUCCAGAAGGAUUUCAGUUUUCUUUAUCCAGAUCCAUCAAAGGAAUCACAAUCUAUGGCAGAAAUAGCCUUACGAAAUAUAUUUCUUAAAUAGUGAGACUUGAAAGUUGAAAUUAUUCCUUGAUCCGUGGGCUGCAGUCUGGAUGCUGUAUUAAUAGGCAUGAAAACAACAUUAAUCUCCUUGUUCAUCUUCACCAGAGCUCUUGGGUGGCCAGGGGCUUUGUCAGUGAACAGUAAUAUUUUGAAAGGAAUCUUUUCUACUAAACCGUGGUUCUUAACAGAGGGCUUAAAAUAUUCAGUAAGCCAUGCUAUAAACAGAUGUGCUAUCAUCCAGACCUGUUGUUCCAUUUCUAGAGCACAGGCAGAGUAGAUUAAGCAUAACUUUUGAGGGUCCUAGGAUUUUCAGAAUGGCCAGUGAGCACUGGCUUCAACUUAGAAAGUUCCCAACUGCAUUAGCCCCUACCAAGAGACUCAGCCUGUCCUUUGAAGCUUUGAAACCAGGCACUGACUUCUGCUCUUUAGCCAUGAAAGUCUGAUGUGCCAUUUCCCCCACACCCAAUGUGAGGCUGUUUUGUCUACAUGGAAAAUCUGUUGUUCAGGGUAGCCACCUUCAUCAGCGCUCUUAGGUAGAUCUUCUGAAUAACUUGCUGUAGCAUCUUGCUGUACUUACUGCUUCGCUUGCACUUUUAUGGAAUACUUCUUUCCUUAUACCUCAUGAAGCCACCUUUGUGAGCUUCCAGCUUUUCUUCUACAGCUUUCUCUCCUCUCUCUGCCUUCAUAGAAUUGAAGAGAGUUGGGGCCUUGCUCUGGAUUAGGGUUUGACUUUAAGGUAAUGUUGUGGCUGGUUUGGUCUUCUGUCCAGACAUUUGGUCUCCUUAUCAGCAAUAAGGCUGUUUUGCUUUGUUAGCAUUCGUGUGUUCACCGGAGUGGCACAUUUAAUUUCCUUCAAGAAUUUUUCUUUGUAUUCACAGCUUGGCUGUUUGGUACAAGAGGCCUAGUUUUUGGCCCGAUUGAGCUUUUGAUAUGCCUUCCACAUUAAGCUUAAUCAUUUGUAGCUUUUGAUUUAAAGUGAAAGAUGUGUGACUGUUCUUCUUUCUUGAACAUUUAGAAGCCAUUGUAGGGUUAAUUUUUUUUUUUUCCAUUUUUUUCUCUAACCUGAUUCAGAGAAAUCUAGAGUUAUUAAAUGGCCUAACUUUCAUAUUUUUAUUAUCAGGGAAUAAGGAGUCCAAAGACAGGCAGAAAGACAUGGGAAUGGCUGCUGUGGUGGAACAGUCAGAAUAUAUAGAUUUAUCAAUUAGGUUUGAUAUCUUAUAGGACUGCAGUUUGUGAUGCCUUAAUAGUAAUGUCAAAGAUUGCUAAUCAUAGAUGACCAUAGCAGGUAUGAUAAUAAUGAAAAAGUCUGAAAUAUUGUGAGAAUGACCAAAAUGUGACACAGACAGAAAAUGAGCACGUGCUGUUGGAAAAAUGGCACUGAUAGUCUUGCUCAAUGCAUGGUUGCCACAAACCCUCAAUGUGUAAAAGACCACAAUGUAUGUGAGGUACAGGCAGGUAUGCCUGUACUUAGUUGGUGCCUGUGGCUUCGUAUCCAUUGAAAUAUACUGUCACUCAUUGGGUCUGCAACUGGGUGUAAUAAUAAUAUCAUCUGGUUGUCAGUGGACUUUGAGUCAUCUUCUUUCUUCUGUGAUAGUUUGCUAUUGUCAAGUUAAAUUUUUAUGAGCUUUUUUCAGAGCAGAAAUUGAACAUUAAAUGGUUUAUUAACCAAAAUAAGGCAACUGCCUUUAGACUUAAUGCAGUCCCAUUUUUUUUUCCUGUAGCUUAUUGUCUUCCUGGUUUAAAAGGCUUAAACAGAGAAGAGUAACAAUACGGUUAAAAGUUUUGAAGUUAGAAAGUUGGAACUUGCCUUUUUUUUUUGAUUAUAUGAUCCAAAGAGUCACAAGAGAGUAGGAAGAAAAAUUACUAUUUUAUCAAUAGGUGAAAGUUCAGGUUUAUAUGAAUUUAGAAUAAUAAAUAUUUUAGAAUAUUUUAACCAUGCUUCAUGUUUUUAUAACAUAUAAAUCAUAAUUGACUUUAUACUAUUCUGUUGUUUUAUGAGGUGAUCUGAUGUGGCUGCAAAGUUGUUAAAGUUAACCUUGAAGGAACUUUCUAUAGCUUAGUGUUCAUUUGCAAAAUCAAUCACAUUUUUUCUUCUGCCCUGUUAAACUGAUAGAAUCAUUUUCUAGCGUAUGGAAACAUUUCUGGACCUCAUGUUCUUUUGCGUAAAUAACCCCAUGUGACUCACAAAUGUUGAAAAAGCAGUAGAUGUUUCCAAAUGCUAUUAGAACCAUCAAACUAAUAUAUCCUACAGGUAUUGAACAAAACGUUCUUCAUUGGGCUAAAUGAAAACCAGAAUGAAGUCUAAGUCACCGUUUCCAGUGAAGAUUAGUCACUCUUUCCACUCUAAUUCCAGAAUUUCUUUAAUUUUUGUUGCUUACGUUAGCAAUAGUAUUGUCACAAAAGAUUCAAGAGUCAUCUCCUCAGGUAACCUAUUGUUACAUAAACCAUUUGUAGAAAAUGCUCCCUGGCUUCAUUUAUAGAAAAAAUAACUGGAAGUUAAAAACAGUUGUCCAAAGUUUUGAACUAUAAUGAGCUUAUAAUAAGCUAUUCUGAAGUAUAAUUGUCAAUACAAAGUACAUACUAGUGUGAGAUUUUAAGCAGUAAUAAAAUCUAUGCAUGGAAGAGUAAAUGAAGUGUUUCUGCAAUGUUUAUGAAUGGACAGAUAUAUGGGAAGAAGUGAUAUUAAACCUUGUCAUACAUUCUGACAAUGUACAUGGACAGUACAUUGUCUUAUAAAGAUUAGUAGCAUAUCAUUGCAAUAAGAUGUGCAUGCCGUGGUCUAAACUUGUUCCUAAAUGACAUUUUGAAGUUUGGCUUGUCCAAAAACAUCUUUUGAGGAAGGACAGAUGCUGUAGCUGCUUUAAGGAAAAAAAAAAAAAAAAAGUCACAUCACCUUGUAUUAAACUUAAUGAGGUAAAGUAAGGAUGUCUUCUGAAAAAUUGGCCAGAAAUAGGAGUAGUAGGAGGGGGAAGAAAAGGAGAAGGAAGAGGGGAGGCUGAGGCGGGUGGAUCACGAGGUCAAGAGAUCGAGACCAUCCUGGUCAACAUGGUGAAACCCUGUCUCUACUAAAAAAAAUACAAAAAUUAGCUGGGCAUGGUGGUGCGUGCCUGUAAUCCCAGCUACUCAGGAGGCUGAGGCAGGAGAAUUGCCUGAACCCAGGAGGCGGAGGUUGCGGUGAGCCGAGAUUGCGCCAUUGCACUCCAGCCUGGGUAACAAGAGUGAAACUCCGUCUCAAAAAAAAAAAAAAAGAAAUAGUUGAAAAUAUUCAUAUCUAAUAUUGUUAGGAACACAACAUAUAAAAGAUUAUUGGCAGAGCGUGACUUCAGGACUACACAAGUAUUCUAAAGGCAAAGGAAAAAAAGUGUUGUUGUUUUUUUCUUUUAAAAUGCUUACUACUUCUGAAUCCGAUUUCUUUGGCAUCUUAAACCAAAUGCCUGUAAUUACAUCAGCUAUUUUGUGAGGCUUACAUAUAUUCUAGUCCUGUCUAGUAUAGAACACUAUGCUAAGCAUUGCAGAAAGAGUAAGAUGGAUAAGAUAUUGCUUCUGUCCUCAGAGAACUUAUCUAGGAAGAGGUAGAAUAUAAAUAUUCAAACAUCUGUAGAAAAAGCAGAAUCAACCAUCCAAGAGAACUGUGUAGACAAGACAGAUCUAAUCCUUUAACAUCAAUGCUUCAUGAAGGAGGUGGAUGUGAACUGGAUAUUACAGUAUGUGUUGAAUUUGGACAGAUUAAGAUGGGAUUGGGGUAGGAGUUAGGCUUUUGGCAAAGAAAAUAGCAUGGACAAAGAUGGAGCAGAGGUGGAGAUGUAGGGCAUAUUUAGAAACAGGAAGCCUGAUUUAGAGUGAAGUAUAGCUUUUGUAGAAGAGAAUGGUGGGAGAUGAAAUGACAAAUAAAGCUUGGAGCCAGGUCAUGGAGGGUUUUAAAAAUGAGAAUGAAGAUUAGAACUUUAUUCUCUAGCAGUGGGGAAUCCAUGAAGGCUGUUGAGCAAGGGCAUGGUAGGAGCUAGUAGCUGUGCUUUGGAAUGAUUAAUGGGAAGGAUAUAAUGGAGUUGGGAGAGAUUAGAAUCAAGAAUUAAAAUUAAGGGGCCAUUGCAGAGGUCCAGGUGAGAGAAUAAGGGCCUGACAUAAGGUGUGGCAGUGGAAAUGGAAAAGAAAAGUGAAGCAUUUGGUAGAUAGAAUUGGCAGAACUUAGCCACAAUUAUAUGUGGGAAGUGAGAGAGAAGAGAAUUGGAGCAAGGUUUGCAUUUGGGUAACUAGGGCACUGCUUGUACCAUUAACAGAAAGAAAAAGAUUAAGAAGAGGAGCUGAUUUGGGGACUUAAGAAGAUGUAUUGAGUGUUUGAGAUGAAUAGGUAGGGGCUAUGAGAAUUGCAAAGAAGAGAAAGAGACAGGAAGAAGAGAUUGAAGACAAAGCUUUGAGAAAUACACACAUUUUUUAGUUUGAAAAGAGGAAAAGAAGGUGGCAAAAGGGGUCAGAGGAGAGAAAGAAAUCAGCACAAUCAGGACAGCAUAUUAUUAGGAAGUCCCUCUUAAGGUGUGUGACCCUGUUUUACUGCUGCAGUUUUCAUUGUCCUGCAGACUCUUCUGUACUCUAUGGUUAGAGUAGUGCUCUAACUCUAGUUAAUUCUAUUCUUUCUGUUGAAUCAUCACAGAAGCUGUUAGGACUGAUAAUCCACAGAAUGAUUUGUGGGAUCAGAGGCUUACAUUCUCAAUGUUAAGAUUAGAUAUACUAUUCCUGACCUUACCUGAUAGGUAAGUUUCUUUUUCUUCUUUAUUUUUUUAUUUUUUUGAGAUGGAGUCUUGCUCUGUUGCCCAGGCAGUGCAGUGGUGCGAUCUCAGCUCACUGCAACCUCGACUUCCCAGUUUCAUGCAAUUCUCCUGCCUCAGCCUGCUGAGUAGCUGAGAUUACAGGCAUGUGCUACCACGCCCGGCUAAUUUUUUGUAUUUUUAGUAGAUAUAGGGUUUCUCCAUGUUGGCUAGGCUGAGAUCCGCUUGCCUCCACUUCCCAAAGAGCUGGGGUUACAGGCAUGAGCCACCGACCUGGCCUGUAAGAUUCUUUGUGCUUGAUUCCCCACUCAGGACAGACUCAGUGAGUCUGUUGCUUAUUUUCCUGUAUCUUAUGAGUGAGGGAAAUAAUAUUAGCCAUUUUGCAGGUUUAGCUGCUGGCUCUCAUGUUUGCUUUCUAAAUCAGUAUGUGACAUGGAAACCAAGAGAUGAAAGAAUUUUUGUGAGAGGCUAGUCAGUGGUAUCAUAUGCUCAACUUUCCAGAGGAGAAGACAGGUGGAGAUGAAGAAGACUCCACUAGGUUUGGUGGCUUUGAAGUCACUGAUGGCCUUUAAGAAGAUAGUUUUAAUACUGUGAUGUGGGUGAAUGAAUCCAGGAAGUUAAAGAAUAGGUGCAUGUUAAAGAAUAACCUUUCCAAUGUAGACUACUCUUUCAGGGAUUUUGGAGUUGAAUGGGAGGAUAGAGAUGAAAUGUUAGCUAUAGGAUCACUAGGGUCAAGGGAAGACUUCUUUAAUUUGAAAAAAAUAAGUGUAGUUGUAGGCAGAGGUAAAGGAGUAUUUGGAGAAGAAGAGAAAGAAGGUACUGGGGAGUAGGCAGUUAAUUGUUGGCUGAUAGAUGUUGGAGGAAUCUGGAAAGAAUGAUAUGAAGUUUUUAGAUGGAGUUAUUGACUUUGGGAAGGAAUAUUUAGAAAUCAGAGGAGUAAGAGGAUAGGAGAUGGGUGGACGUAUAGGGAGAGGACAGACGCUGAGGGAGGAUGUACCAGAUCUCAGGCAUCUCAUUAAAGAAGUUAAGGCUAUUGGCCGAGAAUGAGGAAAAAUGAGAUAGGAGAAAAGGUGUAGAAUAGUUGCAGUGGGCAAUAGUUAAAAUGAAGUAAGCUGCUGAGUGUCAAUGAGGACUCAGUUGAGGAUAGAUUAUUUAAUUUCUUGCCUUUCUAUAGUAAAAUUCAGUUAUACUAGAAUUUGUUUUUGCUUAAAAUUACAGAAGAAAGUUUUAUGGAAGGCUGUGUUCAGAAAUAUGAAGAAUUUUGUUGUCAGCUAAUUCAUGCUGAUACACAUAUCCUAAAUACAGAAAUAUAAAUGAUGAUAGUACUAUUACUCCUUAUGGCUGGAUCACAAAAAGCCAAUAUGCACUUAGGAUUUGAAGGUACUUUAAAAUGUUGUAAGGAACCUGUUUCAUCAGGGAGUAGUUCUAGGAAUGUGGUUUGGGAUUUUGUCAAGUAUAUCUUUUCUGUCUGUCAAAGGUAUCGUUUUGUAUGACACAGUGUCUUACUCUUGCUUCUGAUUUCUUCUGUUUAUAUGAAAGAUAUUUCUCUAGGUUUGGAAAUAUACUGAAUUAUAUGUCUAAUGUGUAAAAGAUGUUUGACUUAAUUCAAGAAGAUCUUAAUUUUCAGAAUUGGUGAUGAUAAAAUGAAAUACUACAUAUAUCAAUUGCUGAUAAUUCAGAAAAGUAAAAUAUACUAGAUUCUAUGUAGCUAAAAUUAAUUAUAUUUAAUGAACUUGACAAACACUAUAGAACAAAACAGAAUUAACCAACUUAGAGGAUCGCAUAGACAAGACAGAUCCAAUACUUUGUUAACAUGAAUGCUUCAUUAAGAAGCAACAUGUGAACUGGACAUUGAAGUACAUGUAGAAUUUGGACAGAGGAAGAUGGGAUUGGGACAGGAGUUUGGCUUUUGGCAAUGAAAAUAGUGUGGGCAAAGAUGGAACAGAGGUAGAGAUGUAGGAGAUAUGUGGGAACAUUCUUUCCAUAGUUCCUUUUCUGCUUGACACUUUGGUGGAUACUCAGUCCAGGUAACAGCUUUUUUUGUUUUGCUUUAAUUUGGUUAUCUGUUUUUUUAGUUUUCACCUGUUAUACUUAAACUGGGAAGAAAAUAAAAUAAACAGAGACACCAGAUUCUUUAAAUUUUAAGAGCCAGUAUUCCCAUUCAGUUUAACUGAAUGUUAAAUGUUUUAAAAUGUUAAGUAUCUGGCCAGGCAUGGUGGCUCAUGCCUGUAAUCCCAGCACAUUGGGAGGCUGAGGUGGGUGGAUGGAUCACUUGAGGUCAGAAGUUUGAGAACAGCCUGACCAACAUGGUGAAACCCGUCUCUACUAGAAAAUUAAAAAUUAGCUGGGUGUGGUGGUGGGCCCCUGCAAUCCCAGCUGCUUGAGAGGCUGAGGCAGGAGAAUCACUUGAACCUGGGAGGUAGAGGUUGUAGUGAGCCAAAAUUGUGCCACUUCACUCCAGUCUGGAUGACAGAGCAAGACUCUGUCUCAAAAUAAAAUAAAAAUAAAUAAAAUGUCAAGUAUCUACUAUAUAUAAGAUGAGGAGGAGGAAGAUAAAAUUCCUGUCCUCGAAUAGUAUGUAAUCUGUUAAGAGACAUUUCAUGUAGGAAAUCUGAAUUAUUUCAGUAAACCAUACUUUAAAAUGUUAUCUAUAUAUUAAACAAUAUAAUCAAACCAAAUCAUGCAUAAUAUAUUUCUAUUGUAACUCUAGAGCUUCCAUGUCUAGUAUGUUAACCACUAACUGUAAGCGGCUAUUAAAAUGAAUGAAAAUUAAAUAAAAUUGAAAAUUUAUUUAUUCAACUAGUUUCACUAGUUACAUUUCAAGCAUUCAGUAGCCACAUGUGACUAGUGACUAGUGUAGUGGACAGCAUAGAUACUGAGCAUUUCUGUUAUUGUAGAAACUUCUGUUGGGUAGUGCAGCUCUAGAGCUAUAGAACAUAUUUUAAUUGUUUUGGUUAGGCUUGUCCUUCAUCUCUUCAACAAGCCAUCGUUAAAUGCCUACCAUAUGCCACGUGUUGUGAUAGAGCGAGAUGAUAAAGUCCUAGUUCUUCCUCACACAAAGCUUUCAAUCUUCUGGGGCAUCAAGUCGAUGAAUGGGUGAAGAAGCUGUGAAAAUACAAAAGGAAAAGUACAGAAGCAAAACUUAAGGUUUGCUUUUGUAGAAAGGUGAGUAGGUGUUGGGGUGGUUAAAUUGGAGGUAAAGCAUAAUCCAACUAUAGGAAAUGCUUGGAUAUUAAAGAAUAUGACACAUUUGAGGGACUGAAAGAUGUUCACUGUGUCUGGAGCCCAGAUAAUCUCUAAGGUCUCUUAAUUAAAAGUCAUUAUUAUGAUAUGUCUAAAUUGUCUAAAAAGCAGACUCCUUCCUUUUUCUAAACCAAAGGGAGAAGGGUUCCCAUGUUCCUUUCAUCUAUUUGGGAGCUUUUUAUUUUUAUAUUUGUGGAUCCUACAGUCAGAGGAGGGCAAAAGAAAGUGAAAAGAAGAAAUCUGAAAAAGAAGGACCAGAGAGAUGAAGAUGGCCAGAGGAAGUUUUAGAGAAAUAAAACAGGUAAUAUUUGAUGGAGAAUGAUAGUACCAUUUAUAACACUCAGAAUCCCUGUCUCUGAUCAGAAGUUAACACCAACCAUUCCAAAAGUUAGUACCUCCAAAUAGUUUACUUGGUAUGUGAAGUAUAUUAUGUGAGAAUAUUUUUUGAUAAGGCAUUUAAAAAUUGAAUUUCUGCCCUGGUUCAUUUCAUCAGAAAUCAUAGUAGAAUUUGCUAUACUGUAUUUUCUUUUUUUUUUUUUUUAAUUUUUUAUUGGAUUAUAGGUUUUGGGGUACAUGAGCAGAGCAUGCAAGACAGUUGCGUAGGUACACACAUGGCAGUGUGCUUUGCUUUUCUUCUCCCCUUCACCCACAUUUGGCAUUUCUCCCCAGGCUAUCCCUCCCCACCUCCCCCUCCCACUGGCCCUCCCCGCUAUACUGUAUUUUCAUGAGUCUAUACCUUUGUAGUAUAUACAAUAUGGAAUACAUUUAAAUGCUAUUAUUUUGUUUUUGUAGAAUACAAAAUAGUCACUGUCAGGUUAAAACUUACAUGACAAGUCAGAGAGAGAGUAGGACCAGGAAACAAAAGAAUUGUACCUUCAUUCAGUCCUCACCAAUUACAGAGACUAUUAUCUGUAUUAUACAAAAUACAUUGCACAUAAUAAAUCUCUCACAUUUUGUAAAUAUUUAGCUGUUGUUGAUUUAUUUCUGCACUAGUGGCAGCCGUCAUGUCUCUGGUCUGUGUUGGGAAUGUCUGUUUAUAUGUCUGUGUCACAUCAUCUGCUCUAGCAUGGAGGCUUCAUGGAAAACAGGAAUCAUGUCUGUUUAUUUUAUGUGAUAGUAACAUAGAGCUCUAUAAAUGAAGCUUUAUUUUUAUUUGAUGAUGAUGAUGCUGGUGAUGAUUUUCUUUAUGAAUUUCUUUCCUGGCUUCAGCUUGAUUGAGUCUUCUGAUCACUAUUAAUCCAGUAGAACUCAGAAGUGGAAUUUACUUUUGAGUAUUUAGCCUGGCUGGACAGCAGUCUUUCUCACACAGCAAUAUGAGAUCUUAUGCCACCACAAAGAGGCACCCUCUUGAAAAAAGAUGAAAAAUACAGAGAAGCCACCCACAUUGGUUUUCAUCAAGGAAAAGUUUAGUGUCUAGUCUUACCACCAAGUGCUUGUCAAAUAAACUUGGUUUGAAGUCAAGACUGAAUACAGUAAACAAAAAACUCAGAUAAAAGCUAUAGUAAAAAAAUAUAUUUCUCUUUAUUUUUAUUUCUAUUCUUACUUGGGACAACCUUUUGAAUAGCGUUGGAUGGUUGAAUGUAAAUUUGAUGAGGUGAAACUGUAGCCAAAGUGAAUAAGGUCUCAGUGCUUUUUAAAGAUCUUUAGCUCUAAACAAAUUUUACUAUUGUAUCCUUCCUUUAAAACAUUUGUCUUUGUAAACUUGCAUCACUAAAUUAUAAAACUGAGCAUCCAAAGUCAUUCAUGUGGACACAACUAUUAAGUUUAGUUUUAUGUUAGGAUGUUCCAGAUACAAGACUGAUAAGGGGCCAGGCAUGGUGGCUCACGCCUGUAAUCCCAGCACUUUGGGAGGCCGAGGUGGGUAGAUCACGAGGUCAAGAGAUCAAGACCAUCCUGGUCAACAUGGUGAAACCCUGUCUUUACUAAAAUACAAAAAUUAGCUGGGCAUGAUGGUGUACACCUAUAACCCCAGCUUCUCAGGAGGCUCAGGCAGGAGAAUUGCUUGAAUCCGGGAGGUAGAGGUUGCAGUGAGCUGAGACUGCACCACUGCACUCUAGCCUGACACCUGGUGACAGAUCAAGACACUGUCUCAAAAAAAAAAAAGUCCAAUAAGGAAGCUUUUAAAUAUUUCCUUGAAAAUCUUUCUUUCCCCUUUCCCAUUACCUCUAUUGCCCUUUCUCUAGAUUGAUCGUGAAUUUUUCUAUUAUAUUUCAAUGAAUCUUUAGUUUACUUGCCACAUCUUUUAUUGUAGUCGGUUUUUCACAUCACAUUUUUUUAUAUUAACCCAUCUUAAGUGAUACAACUUCUUGUAUUACUUGAUUUUCUAUAUUCUUCAUUUUUAUGUUUUAUUCUGUAACCUAUUGAGGUUUAUACAAGUAAAAUAAUAAUCACCUGAUAGUGUUACCAAUCCUGAAAUUUAGAUCAUGACUUUUGAAUUUUUAGAAUGUUCAUGUUUGGUUCUCCUGAAUUCCUUUGGUCAAUAUUUUCUUUUGAAAUUUAUAGUAGCCUUGAAAAAUAAUGAUAAGCCAGAUAAAAAUAUGCUGAUGUAUCUCUAAGUGUUAUUAGGUGACAUAAUUAAAGUUGAAAAAAACAGUCAAAAUUUAUCAUGCUGUCUUAUUUCUAGCAUAUCUAUAUUUUGACAGUUCUUUAUUUUUGUAGAGGCAGAGUCUCGCUAUGUUGCCCAGGCUGGUCUCAAACUUCUGGGCUCAAGCAGUACUCCUACCUUUGCUUCCCAGUGUUGGGAUUACCGACAUAAGCCAUCAUGCCCAGUUGGAAUUUCCUUCUUUAGAUACAAUUUUGAUAAAGAAAUUUUCUGAGGCCUCUACUUGCUCAAUCUCAAAACAGAAGAACAAAAUUGGUCACUAAGAAAAUAGGAGAGGUUUUCAUUCACAUCUACUAUGUAUCUGUGUCUCAGAUACAGAUUAUAUGCUGGCUAUCAGAAUGCUAAUACAGCUUACUUUCCUAUUCUUCAAAGAACAAUGUGCACAUAGCUUGAGGAAGGAUAUUAUUCUUAGAAUGUUACAUGACUGACAUAAAGAUGUUUAGUCCUUGGCUGGAUAUUUCAGUUCUCUGAAAAUGUGUAGCUAUCCUAUGAGAAGCAAACAUCUUGGAAACAGCAUAGUUAGUUUAAGCAAACAAUACUACCAACUGACUUGCUUAGACAAAUCAUUUCACAAUUUUUCUGUGAAAAUAUAUACUUUUUGUUCUCAAUAUUUUUUUUCUAGAAAUCCACUCUUUUUCUAGAAAUAUAUAUAUAACAUUUAUAUUUGCAUAUGUGUGUCCAUAAACAUUAGUGUGUAAGCAUAUUUCAUUCACUAUGAAAAAAUUUAGGAAAUUCAGAUAGGCGAAAAGGAAAAGAAAUCAUUGACUACAGCAUAAAACUAUUAACAUUUUGGUAAAGUAGAUAAAAGCCUUUGGACUUUUAUAGUACAUGUAUAUGUAGAUAUACACAUAGACACACACAUGUACAUACAAAUAACAUCUUAAAAUGGAUGUUUUCAUAUUGUUGAAAAGUGAGUUUGUAGAGCUAAGCAAGCACAUUUGAGGACAAGAACACCUCUAGUGCAAAACUAAUAAAUGAUAUAGAACAAGUAUGGAAUAGAAUAGAGGUUACUAAAAAUUUAAUGGUUUGGAGAGAAAGCUUAAAAUACUCACAGUAAACACAGGAAUAAGACACAAAGAUGAAAGCAAUUUGGUUAACAGUGAUCUGAUACGAAGUUGAAAGAAUUGCUGGUGUCUAUGAGGAAGAGGACCCAACAAAUCAAACUAAAAAAGUAUUUGGAGAAGUGACAUAGCAAAACUUCACUGAAAGAAGAACUAAACCUGCAGAUCAAAAGAUAAAUUGAAUCCUGAAAAUUGGUAGAGAAGGUUCAACAUCAAGUCAUAUCCUGAUUGUUGUCAAACAAAAGAACGAUUUCUUCAGUCAUGUAAGGAAUAGCAAAAGUUAUCUAUAAGAAAGAAGUUCAGACUGGUCUCAGACUUCAUAACAAUGUGGAAUACUACAGGAGUUAUGCCAACACAGUUCUGGUAAAAGAAAUGAUGGCCCAAGAACAGUGUACCCAGCCAAGACAUUGUUGAGGUUUAAAGGCCACAGGCAUAUGUUCUCAAAUGUGAAAGAACCCAGAGAAUAUAGCAUCUUUGAGACCUUUCUAAAAAAGAACUUCUUGUUAAAAUUUAGCCAACCAAGAGAAGAAUCAAACCAAAAACUUGUUGUGAUAUUAAAUACCUUCAUAUAUAAAUGUAAGAUUUAGACACUGUAGAAACUGUGGCAGUAGAACAGACUGUAAACACUCUACAUCAUGGCAAAGUAAAACAAAUAUAUACAACAACAAUUGGAAGGUAGGUAGAAGGGAAAUGGGAAUAAGAGAUUAUUAAUCUUAUCAUUCAUGGCAGCAGUUCAAUCAGAACUGUCGAAAAUUUAAAGUAGCUUAAAAGUAAAGUUAAUCUAUUCUUUGUGGUUUGUAUCAUUUUUCUUAAACUUAGAGGGAUUUUUUUCAGUGUUUCUUGAGUGAAGAAAAACAUUUGUCUAAGAUUUAAAAUUUCUUCAGUUUCAUUUUGGCUUCUGUUAAUUGCAGGUAACAUUAGAAUUGUUGUUUUUUUAUUUUUAAUAGUGACUAUAAUCUCAUCCCAGAAAGAAUACAUUUAUUUCUGUCAUUUAUUUCCAUUUUCUAUCUGUAUAUGUGAAUAGUUAUCUGGAAUAAUGGUCACUAAAUGCUAAUACAGACUACUUCUCAAUGGUGAGAUUUUGGAUGAUUUAUUGCAUUUUUUCUUUGUAUUUUUUGUAUUGUUUGAAUUUAUAUAAUGAGAAUGUUUUAAAGAAAGUGAUACAAUGAGUUUAUUACUCUGAAAAAUGAAUAUAUACUUAAACAGUUUUAUAUCCUCAUUUCUUUUUUAGCUUAGCUUGACCCCUUUUCUCUUACCAUCAUUUUAAAUAGUGGUACAGCAUUUUAUGGAUGUGUUAUAUUUCUUCUUUCAUUCCUGAUCUCAGUUUCUUCAUCUGUAAUGACAGAGCUGAACUAGAUUAGCCGGUAGCAAUCUCUUUAAACUAGGGAAUCCUUCCAAGAAAUAAAUAGUUUAUAACUCUCGGCUUAGGCAUUUCCCAUAAAACGUAGUUUCAAAGCUCUACAGAUUAGAUAAUUUCUGAGGCUUAUUCCAUUUUACCACCAAAAAUUAGGGGUUUUUUAAGGAAUUUUUUUGAGUGACUUUUAAAUGUGUUUUAAAAAAAUUGGUAAUAGACAUCUUAUGAAUCAGAAUUUAAAAGUGAAAGGGACUUUGAAAACCAUCUAGUAUAUCUGCCUAACUUUUUUUAUGCAUAGGGAAACCAAAUUUAAGUUUUUAAACUAAUGUCAUACAGCCAACUGAAAUGAAUGAGACUCGGGGUCAGAUCUUCUGAUUUUCUAUGCUGUUCUUUUCCCUACAGUACACACACACACACACACACACACACACAUUUUUUUUUAAUGAUGGGCAGAGAAGACAAUUUUAUCAUACCCAUUUCACACUUAAACUAACAUGUAAAUGUCAGGAAAUAUGCCUAAUUUAUAAUUUAUUUAUUUUCUUGUUUAUGAAAAGAGAUCAGUAGUGCAGCCAUUAUUGAACUCCUAAGCUCUAGGAGUUAGAAAGGAAAGUGAGUGGGAUUCUGUUGAGGAAGAAAGCAUUUACUUGUCAAAGAUUUGGAAUUUACUGUGGUUACUAAGAUUAAAAUAAAACGAAAACUUGACUUGGCAGAGGAUUAAAAACAAAGCAGCUCCAAAGUGUGUGCACCUCAUGGAGAAGAUCCCAUUAUUCCUUCAGGCAGCCAAAGGGGUAGGGAAUCUUGUUUCUUUGUGUUGCCGGAGCUGAUUUAUUUAGUUAUGAUUUCAACAUGCCUACAAGGCAAACCCCAGAAAACAUUGCACAACAACAUUAACCAGAACAAAUGGUGCUUUUUUUUUCUGUACCUCCCUAAAGUUUUUUUUUAACAGCAGCAUGAUUUGUUUCUUUUUUCCCAUAGUGUUACAAUGGCUCUGAUUAUGUUUGACUAUUGGGUGCGGCAGGUUUUAGUAUGUUAAGUGGUAGUACAGGUUCCUGAACAAGAAGGAGAAUUAGAGGUGAUGUGACUUGAUUAUUGGAAUGUGUAGAAUGUAAAGUUGUGAGAUGUACGGUGGUCUACCACAGGUUGCUCUUAGUAAUGGACCUUGUUAAAAGCCCUGUUAUUAUUGGGAAUUUAUUUUGGAAAUGACUAAAGAAGAAAUUUGACAGAAAAGUAAAACAAACCACCUUGUCUCAUAUUUCCUUUCUACACAGGCACUUUGAAGAGAUAUCUUACAUACUGUCAAGUCUUAAUUAUCCUGGCAUACGUUAGCAUUAUCACCAUUUUCAUAAACUUGAAUUAAAUGCACAUGGCAUUGCAAUAGGUGCAACACAGAGAAAAUUAGCAAACAAAGAUCCUUAUCCUUUGGGAGUGCAGUAAGAGUUGCUAUCCUAGUAAGUACUUCCGUCAAUCCCAAACACAUUUUUCCGGACACUCUCCAAACACCCUACCUCCUUUCCUAUACUCUCUAUUGUCAUUAAUGGCCUCUCCAUCCUCUUAGCUGGAAACAUCACAUUCAUCUUGAGUAUUUAUGUUCCCUCUGUCUUUACAACCAAUCUAUCAACAAGUCUUGUCUCUUCUAUCAUUAAAAUUGGUUUUUGACUUUGUUCAUACUCUUCUUUCCAUUCUCCUAGCCAUUGCCCUGUUUAGGCCCUUUUCAUCUUCCAUUUUUGGAGAGCUGCUUAUCUACUUUUAACCUUUCCAUUUUCUAAUCCAUCCACCAUACUCCUGUCAAAUCUCUUUCGUUAAAGACAGCUCUAAUCAUAUCACUCUCUCGUUUAAAAACCUUUGAUGCGUCCCCAUUACCACGCAAGGGAUAAAGUCUAAAUUCCUUAGCGUGUCAUGCCAGGGUUUCAGAGUCUGGCUCUGAUCUACUUAUUCUUAUCUCAUUAUCUGUCAUAAUUUCCCCUUCCCCUACUCCCCGUUGCCAGACAUACAUAUACAUUUAUUCUAGUCCCACCAGCUUCCUCAUAAUUCCCUGAGCUUGCUAUAUUCUUGUGCUUUUGAUCAUGCCUUUCCUUGCCCCAUACAUGCAGAACACUCUUUUCUGACAAACUCCUGUUUGUAUGGAGGAACUGAGGAAGCCAAGAUUUUACAAAGAGUUCUCUUGAAAAAAGAAAUAAACCAUAUGCAUAGACCAAGCAGUAGGAUCACCAUUAGAGCAGAUUUCAGAUUAGUGGCUGCAGACUAAUUUCUCUUGGGCAAACCAGGAAGAAGGACUUGAUUCUAAAAGCUACUAGAGUUAUAGCAGUGAUGAAACUGGUUUGUAACAGUGUUACAUGAAUGCCUUCCUCCUAUUUAUACAGCCAAAAGCUAGCACUUACUUUUAUAGCUAAAGGAUAGAGAAAAAUAACCACAGCAGAUUUCUGGUAUAGUAGUUAAUUUCAACAAUUAAAAGAAAACUCAUUACCCUCAUCUACCUACUACUCCUACCUUAUCUCAUGUUCCAAAGGAGUAAAGAAUGGUUAGAAACUCAUAGGACCAUGAGCCUUCACAUUCACAUUGGUGCUUUUUAAAAAUCAUCAGGAUAGAGCCAGAGACGAUGGGUUUAAGGAGUAAAUGGAACGAAGGAAAAUAGCAGCUCUUUACCUUAAGUUACUGAUGAAGCAGAGGCUUCUCAUGCUGUGCCUAGUCAUGCUUCUCCUUAACCAUUGCAUAUUCCUGCUUAACCUUUGUCCUUUUUAUCCACAUCUGAUUCUUUUUAAAAAUUUGUUCUUAUUAAAUAAGUAAUAUAUUAACAUAUUAUUUUCAAAACAUUUGGAAUGUUUGUAAAGGCUACUCUGACAUUCCCUCACCACCAUCAUCCUCAAUGCCAGCUGCCUACUUACCAAUGCCAGAAAAUGACAAGCAUUUUCAGUUUGGUUUUCUGUUCCUUCAGACCUUUUUCUAUGCACUGAGUUAGAGAUACUGCUCUGUGUGUGUGUGUGUGUGUGUGUGUGUGUGUGUGUGUGUGUGUCUGUUUGCUUUCCUCACAGAUUCAGUAUCAUACUUACUCUGCCUCUCAGUCUACAAACUUGCUUUUUUGACUCUGCAGUAGAUAUUGAUAUCUUUUCCUAUUAGUAAGUAGACAUAAUUUAUCAUAGUUUUUUCAGCUUCUCACAUAUAGUAUUAUCUUUAGGGCUAGCUUAACCCUUGCCUCUUCUCAUAGCAGUCUGAUAUGGACAAUUAGAAGAGAAAAAAAUUUUAGUAACUGUAUUAGUCCAUUUUCAUGCAGCUGAUGGAGACAUACCUGAGACUGGGAAGAAAAAGAGGUUUAAUUGGACUUACAGUUCCAUGGGCAGGAGGCCUCAGAAUCAUGGUGGAAGGCAAAAGAUACUUCCUACAUGGUGGCAGCAAGAGGAAAAAGGAGGAGAAUGCAAAAGUGGAAACCCCUGAUAAAACCAUCAGAUCUUGUGAGACGUAUUUACUACCACAAAAACAGCAUGGGGGAUACUGCCCCCAUGAUUCAAACUAUCUUCCACUGGGUCCCUCCCACAACAUGUAAGAAUUUUGGGAGUACAAUUCAAGAUGAGAUUUGGGUGGGGACACAGACCCAAACUGUAUCAUUCUGCCCCUGGCCCCUCCCAAAUAUCAUGUCCUCACAUUUCAAAACCAAUCGUGCCUUCCCAACAGUCCCCCAAAGUCUUAAAUCAUUUCAGCAUUAACUCAAAAGUCCACAGUCAAAAGUCUCAUACGAAACAAGGCAAGUCCCUUUCAUCUGUGAGACUGUAAAAUUAAAAGCAAGCUAGUUACUUCCUAGAUACAAUGAGGGUACAGGCAUUGGGUAAAUACAGCCAUUCCAGAUGGGAGAAAAUUGGCCAAAGCAAAGGGAUUACAGGACACAUGCAGGUCUGAAAUCCAGUGGGGCAGUUUCAAGCUCCAAAAUGAUCUCCUUUGACUCCAUUUCUUAUAGCUGGGUCACGCAGAUAAAGAGGUAGAUUACCAUAGUCUUGGGCAGCUCUGCCCCUGUGGCUUUGCAGGGUAUAGCUUCCUUCCUGGCUGCUUUCACAGGCUGGUGUUGAGUGUCUGGCUUUUCCAGGUGCACGGUGAAAACUGUCAGUGGAUCUACCAUUCUGGGGUCUGGAGGAUGGUGACUCUCUUCUCACAGCUCCACUAGACAGUGCCCCAGUAGGGACUCUGUGUGGGGACUCCAGCCCCACAUUUCCUUUCCACACUGCCCUAGCAGAGAUUCUCCAUGAGGGCCCUGUCCCUGCAGGAAACUUCUGCCUGGGCAUCCAGGGGUUUCCAUACUUCUUCUGAAAUCUAGGUGGAGGUUCCCAAACCUCAGUUCUUGACUUCUGUGCACCUGCAGGCUCAACACCAUGUAGAAGUUUGGGGCUUGCACCCUCUGAAACCAUGGGCCAAGCUAUACCUUGACCCCUUUUAGCAAUUGCUGGAGUAGUGGGGAUGCAGGGCACCAAGUCCCUAGGCUGCACAUAGUAUGGGGACCCUGGGCCCAGCCCACGAAACCAUUUUCUCCUCUUAGGCUUCUGGGUCUGUGAUGGGAGGGGCUGCCAUGAAGACCUAUGACCUGCCCUGGGGACAAUUUCCUCAUUGUCUUGGGGAUUAGCAUUCGGUUCCUUCUUGUGCAAAUUUCUGCAGCCAGCUUGAAUUUCUCCCCCAAAAAUGGGUUUUUCUUUUCUACUGCAUCAUUAGGCUGCAAAUUUUCUGAACUUUUAUGCUCUGUUUCCUUUUUAAAAUGGAAUGCUUUUAACAGUGCCCAAGUCACCUUUUGAAUGCUUUGCUGCUUAGAAAUUUCUUCCACCAAAUACCCUAAAUCAUCUCUCUCAAGUUCAAAGUUCCACAAAUCUCUAGGGCAGAGACAAAAUGCUGCCAUCUUUUUGCUAAAACGUAACAAGAAUUAUAUUUUCUCCAGUUCCAACAAUCUUCUUCAUCUUCAUCUGAGACCACCUCAGCCUGUACCUUAUUGUUUAUAUCACUGUCAGCAGUUUGUCAAAGCCAUUCAACAAGUCUCUAGGAAGUUCCAAACCUUCCCAUAUUUUCUUGUCUUCCUGUCUUCUUUUGAGCCCCUCAAACUGUUCUAACUUCUGUCUGUUACCAAGUUCCAAAGUCACUUCCACAUUUUCAGCUACACUGUACUCUGCUGGUACCAAUUUACUGUAUUAGUUUGUUUUCAUGCAGCUGAUAAAGACAUACCUGAGACUGGGAAGAAAAAGAGGGUUAAUUGGACUUACAGUUCCAUGUGGCUGGGGAGCCUCAGAAUCCUGGUGAGAGGUGAAAGGCACUUCUUACAUGGCAGUGCCAAGAGAAAAAAUGAGGAGGAUGCAAAAGCCAAAACCCCUGAUAAAGCCAUAAGCACUCGUGAGACUUAUUCACUAUCACGAGAACAGUGUGGGGAAAACUGCCCCAUGAUUCAAACUAUUUCCCACUGGGACCCUCCCACAACACGUGGGAAUUAUGGGAGUACAAUUCAAGAUGAGAUUUGGGUGGGAGACAUAGAACCAAACCAUAUCAGUAACCAAUUAUUGGUUCUGAUUAAACGUAAAGAAAGUUACAAUUGUUGGUUUUGGGAGGAGUGUUAUCCGUAAAAAUUAGACUGUCUUAGAAAUACUUGUUGGACCGAGUUCAGAGGACUUCACUAGCAUUAACACUGUCUCCCCUUUCUUCCUCCUUUACCCACUUCCACCCAAUUACAUUGACGGGAAUUAAAUGUAACCAGGACUCUUUGCUGUAUAUAUAUCUGGUUUUCUCUGUUCCAUAUGCCUAAGCCCUCCCUCCAUUGCUUCUGUUUAACACUUAAUUUAAAUUUCCAAAUUAAAGAAGCAAAUUUGAAAUACAUAAAAUGAAGGCAUUAGGUGAUUUAGAGGGCUUUUACAGCUCUAGGAUUCUAUUAGGUAAUUUAUUUUCAGAGGAUACAUUCUGAUAAACUAAGAACCUUUCUAUGCUUGAUUUAGGUUAUAUUUAAUUAGGACUGUAAAUAAAUAAUAUUUAAAUAGAUAAAACUUAUGCUGCUACUUAUCACUUUUCCUUGAAGGAUAUUUAUAAUGAUCAUUUAAUGUUCAAAGUAAACCUCCAAAAGUAUUUGAUAACUGCCAAAUAUUAUAACCACAAAACUACAGACAAUCAAUUUAGACCACUAGUAUUUGAAAUUUUUUUUUACUGUAUAAAACUAAGAAACGUAGGACUGAGUCAAAGUGAAUGGGCGCUUUGGAUAAAAUACUUGUAAGAUGUUUGCAUUUUAUGCUUUUGAAUUUUCAGAUAAUUAAGAGGUACCGUCGUAUACCAGGAACAAAAGAUUGGCAGUCAGGAAUUGGGGAAUUAGUCCCAUCUCGUAACAGUCUCACUUUGUGAUUGCAGGUCAUGCUUUGCUCUUAAAUUUUCCCAUCUUUAACAUGUGGUAGAUUAUUUCUGACUCUUUACCCAGGGAUCUUUUGUGAAAUAAUAAAGAUAACCACUGCCAGUUAUUUUGUGCUGCUCAAUAAAGAUUCUACACAAAUUGCUGUUUCUCAAUGACCGGGUCCUGUGCUUAGGUGCAGACAGGUAAGUGGAGCCAGAAUGCCGGUGGCCCCGAGCUGGGUUUGUUGCAAAACUUAUGCGAUCCCACGGAGACUCUUCAAGAAAUAUCAUUUGGACCAAGAGCUGAAGCUGAUCGGCGAGUAUGGGCUCCGGAACAAACGUGAGGUCCGGAGGGUCAAAUUUACCCUGACCAAGAUCUGUAGGGCCGUGCAGGAGCUGCUGACACUUGACGAGAAGGACUCACGGCGUCUGUUGGAAGGCAAUGCCCUGCUGCGGCGGCUGGUCCACAUUGGGGUGCUGGAUGAGGGCAAGAUGAAGCUGGUUUACAUCCUGGGCCUGAAGAUUGAGGAUUUCUUAGAGAGACGCCUGCAGACCCAGGUCUUCAAGCUGGGCUUGGCUAAGUCCAUCCACCACACUCGCGUGCUGAUCCGCCAGUGCCAUAUCAGGGUCUGCAAGCAAGUGGUGAACAUCCGGUCCUUCGUUGCCCGCCUGGAUUCCCAGAAGCACAUGGACUUCUCCCUCCGCCCUCCCUAUGGGGGCCGGCUGCGUGAAGAGGAAGAAUGCCAAGAAGGGUCAGGGCGGGGCUGGAGCUAGAGACGAGGAGGAGGAGGAGGAGGAUUAAGCCCACCUGUCCCCUCCUGGGCUGGUGGAGUUUUCCUGCCGAAUAAACAGGAUCAGCGCUUAAAGAAAAAAAAAAAAAAAAGAUGUUAUACAAAUUAAUGGUAGCAGUAGGGUGGUUAUUUCGUAUUUAAGGAAGUUCUUCAAAGUGAGAGAAGUACCCAGAGUAGGUCAUUUAGAAUUUGUUUAUUAUUUCUUUUAGGAACACAAAAAGUGUUCCAUGUUAGGUAGAACAGUGCUAAAAACUUACAUAAAAGCAAAGUUUUGUAAGUUGUAGGAGCCCCUCCGUGGUGAAUCUAGCUCUUUCUGAUUCUAAUGUUUUUAGUCAUUUGCCUUUAUAGAAGUGAGUGGCCUGCCUUUUAGUUUUUUUCCCCCCUAAGGUAUAUUUUUAGUUUUAUGUUUAUUCAAAAAUUCUCUGAGUUCUGUCAUCUUGAUAAACCUUGGAAUGGAAAGUCAUAUGUAAAAUUUGCCACUUUACUUGAAUUCUAACACUUUUUGUGAUAUAAUCCUGUUAGAUUCUCAUUCUAAAUUUCACUCUCACCUUCUUGUGAUUGGUUGCUGUUUGUUAGGAAAACAUGUAACAGAUUUUAGCCUCUGUGAAAAGUCACUGUUCUUUUUGUUGAUGCACACCAGCAGUAAUUUUUUCUCUUUAAAGGAAAAACAAUUUAGACAAAGAAGAUACUUGAGAGAAGAGUUUAAAGAAAUUUACUGUUUUCUCAGCAUACUUUUCAAAAUGAUGUCACCCCAAGUGUUACGAUAAUUCUUUCAAAGCUUAGUAUCCAACUAGUGCACAAAACUAACACUUGAUUGCUGCAAGUUCAGCAGUGUUUGCUGUGUAUUUUCUACAUCUGUGAACUAUUCUGUUAUGAUGUUAAAACUAUUAAAGAUUAUAAUUUUAAAACUAUAUAUUCCAUAAAGUAUUUUUAAACACAUAUGAAACUUGUUCUAAGUAUAACCUGUACUGAAAUGAACUGUUCAUGUUUAUAGCUCAGUAGGUAAAUUGCUCUGGAGGGCUUCAGAUGAGGCUCAGCUGAGGCAAAGCAUUUUGAAUUGAUAUUGUAAGGAAAGGUCUGUUUCCUUAUUCAGCAGUUUCAUAUGAAUUUAAAAAGAUUACUUGUGUUUGGCUAGUUCUAAAUUUAAAUUUGUUACACUUCUUGUACUAGUAGACUAUGUUUUCUAUCUGCAGAUUUGAGAGUUGAUCUUGGAAUAUGGUUUGCAGAUAAAAAAAAAAAAAGGUUACUUUUAAAAUUUCUCUUAAACUUUAUAAUUCAAAUCAGUCAAGUAACCAAGAAAGAAAUUAGAGAGGAUACCACUGACUUGCUUUGUAUCUGUUAUUUUUCAUUUCCUUGUCUGCAAAAGUAAACUGAAUUGCAGCUUUGUACAUAGAAGUAAAUUACUAUUAAAAUAAAGACAGUUUAAUAGUAUUUUAGAAAAUCUGGAAAAUGGAAAGAUGGGAAUGAAUUAUAAAAGAUAGAAUUUGAGCUUUUUGUUUUGAAGAAUACAUAGCUCUUGAUGUAUUCCAGACUUCCUCUUGGACAUUUUUUAUUCUUUCUGACUGUUGUGUGUUAUAUGACUGCUUAGUUCAUCCUCCCUCGGGGAAUAGUUGGACGUUUAUUCUGCAACUAGUAUGUAAGCACAAUCUUAAUAUUUGCCCUUUGAUGAGUCACACUACUCUUCUAUGCUUUAAUUUUCCCAUCUGUAAAAUGAUAAUGGCUAUGUAAUUUUAGAUUUAUUGAGGCAAACCUUUAAAAUAUAGAUACAGCUUUCACUGUGAAUGAAUUUAAAAUAGAAGCUAGCAUUGCCACAAUAGUACAUUUUUCUACCUGUAACACAAAUGUUACCACAUUUUUGGGGAGAAACAAAAACAAGAAUUUGGCAUCCAAGAUCAUUUGAAUGCCUUGUGCGUGUUCUGACUGGCAAUAAUCUUAAACAUGUUGUACUCAGCAUCUGGUUUGUUCAGGAGACCCCUAUAAUUAACCAGUAGUACUUCUCUGUCUUGUCUCUUAGGAAGAUUUAUGGCAUACCUCAGGUCGUGUCAGAUAACAGGGAGAAGACAGAUGAGUAGCUAGUUCUCUUAGUUUAGAAAAAAAAUUCUCUCUCCUUGACAUCAAUAUUGUUAAAUAAGAUAUGAUUUCUAAAAAGCCAUUUCCCUCUUUAUUUGAUGUGAUUGACAGCUAUACUAUCUGAACAACCUAAGAAGCUUAAGUUUCUUGGGUGUGGUUUUAAAGUCUUAGGAAAGCUGGGAAGGGCCUAGACUUUGGAGGGGAUAGGCUUAUGAUAUGUCCUGGAAUGUUAUACAAGGAAGAAUUAUUAGGCUAGGUGCCUUUCAUGUCUGUAUCUGCCAAAGUAAAAAAUGCAGAGGCAAGAGUUUGCCUUAAUAAUAGUUUCAUACAUUAUCUACACAGAGAAAACUGACUUUUACAUACUGGCAAGAAUUCAAAUACUUUAUGUAAUCAAUAUUAAAAGAGGGUAAGUUUGAUUUUUUUAUUGGUUAUCAGGUUGAUACACAGUCCUAUUGCUGUGGGCUGCUUAACCUGUAAUUAUCAGAGAAAUCUUGUCGAACAAGAUUUUCUGAAAUGAAGCCUGUUAAUCACAUCAGAUCCUUUGGGUUUAUGUGGAACUAUUAUCGUGUCAUGCAUUGAGAGGUGCUUGAACAAAAUACUCAUUGGGAAAACUCGUUAUCUCAAAUUUUGCUUCAAACCCAUGACUUCCAAUGGAAAGGGCAUGGUGAGAAGCAACGAUAAAUUUCUAAGCUGAACCCUUUUCCUAAACGUCCUUCAGUGAUCAUUCUCUUAUAUGAGUAGAUCCCAACAAGGGUAGGGAUUGGUUAGUUUCAGGACAUCUUAUCUAAACAUUCUUCUAGGGGCAGGUCUAUGCUGGCUAGACAUAUAGAAAUCAAAAUUAACACAGUGAUGACAAUGUAAUCAGCCAUAUCUAUCAGCAACUUAUAAUCAACCAUAUCUAAGGCUGCUGAAAGGUACAUUCUAGUCAAAAUUCUGGCUCUACCCUUGUCUUUCGUUAAUGAAAGGAUUUUGGACUGAAGUCUAUAAGUGAGUUUGAAUUCAAGCUGGAUUCUGCUUUGUACUUCUAGGUAAAUAGUGUGCAAAUUUAGGAAAUUAGAUCAAAAUAAAAUUUACUUUACAGCUAGAAUAAAUUGUGAUAAAAUGAGAAAUUGGCAGCAAGAAGUUUUAGUGAAUAGGACCCUCAAAGGAAAUUCAAACAAGUGUUUGCUGCCAUCACACUUAAAACACACACAGACACACAAACUUGGUCCAAACUGUUAAAGUGGAUUUUUAUGUAAAUUGUUCAUGAUAAACAUUUGCAUUAUAUAUUCCUAUUCCUUUGUACUUCCCAUUUGAUGAAGUUUUCAAACUGUGGUUUGCUGGAGGGGAAAAAGAAAACCCAAAUCCAAACCACAUAGGACAAAUUGAAUUACAAACCUGGUGUGGUCCUUUAACUCAAUUACAUCUAAUUUGUGUUAUUUUAGUCAUCCUGGGUGGCAGCUGUUCUGAGUAAAUGCCCACAAACAUUUUCAAUGUAAGAAUUUGUCCUGAUUAUAGCUCUUUAAGAUCAGUAGUAGCCUAUUUAUAUUUUAAAUGGCAAAGUUUUAGAUUAAUUUGGUGUAUCAGGACCGUUUUAAAAAUUGAAUAUUUAGUUGUUUCGCAAAUGAACAUUUAAAAAGUAAGCAUCCAGUGUUUAUUUUAAAUGCUAAGUUUUAUAACUUCACCUCAUUUUCUUAUUUCUUAUGUUUCUACUUAAAUUUCUUCUAAAUAUAGCCACUUAAUGACUUUAUUCAGGCAAUUAUCAACUUGUGUACACAAGGGAAUAUGGAAUUUUAGAUUCAAAUAAAUAUUUUGACAUUACAAGUCAAAAUUUGAGAUGAUCUGGGAAGAAAAACAUGAAAGAAUAUGGAUUCAGGACUAUUCAGUUCAAUAUAAUGGAAAUGAAGGUUUGUAUUAUAACUAAGUUAGGAUUGAAUAUUAAAUACAGCAGAAGUGAAGACCAUGAAAUUCAUGAAAGUCUUGCAGAAGGACCUUGACUAGUGUUCUAAAGUGGACAAAUGGGACAAGGCUAAAUUUUAGGGAAUUGCAAUGAAGAGAUACUAUUCGGUAGAGACAGAAAUGGUAGAAAGCUCCUAAGAGCUCAAAAAUGAUAGCUGGUAUGUGUAUAUGUUUAGAAAUCCCUUGUUUUUCUACUAAAUACAGUAACUUUCAAUUAGCAACUGAGCAUCUUUUACGGGCUAGGUAUUGGUCUAUGUACUCAGAUUUCAAAUAUGAAUAAACUAAAGAUUCCUACUUUGGAGGAACUUUUAAUGUAGUUAGGAUAGGGAAUAUGUAAAUCAUUUAUAGCACCAUAUGGUAGGUGAUAUGAUAAAGGAUUGAAUAAAUUCCAAGCUUCUUCUUUUGUUGUAAGGAGAGUAUAGGCCUAAAGUUAGGGUAUUAGAUCAAAGCAGAAGUGAAAUUUUGGUUUAAACUCACUACCAUACACGAGACUUAUACUUACACUUAUACAUAUACAUCAGUUAAUGGUUGACCCAUAGGCGUAGAAAUAUAAAUUGUUUACAUUUGAGGUGCUUAUCAGCUGUGUACACUUUUUUCCUAUUCAUUCUCUUUUUAAGGAAAAAAACAAUUUGGUCAUCAAUUAUGGUAAGUACUUGUAUAUGUCUUCUAAUUUUUAGUUAGUUGUGAACUGUAUCAAUUUUAACAACUUUUAAAAAAAUGCUCAUCUUAUAUCCAUCUUUUUUUUAAUUAUGCUUUAAGUUCUGGGAUACAUGUGUAGAACGUGCAGCUUUAUUACAUAGGUAUACACGUGCCAUGGUGGUUUUCCUCUUUUAUAUCUGAUACUGACUACCAGUCUACUAUACGUUGAAACUUUUAAUUUUUGGUCUUCAACAGUAGUAUGCUUUUUUGGUUUCUAUCCUACUUUUCUGACCUUAUUUGGUAUUUCCCUUACUGUUUUCACAUCUGUAUUAGUUAUCUUUUGCCAUAACAAAUUACCCUAAAACUUAGCCACUUAAAACAAUGAACAUUUGUUACCUAAUGGUUUCUGGGGGCUAGUAAUAUCAUAUCUGUCUUGUUCACAUGUGAAUGAUGAACAUUCAGACAUUCAAUAAUUAUUAUUGAAUGGUGCACAAAUGAAUGCUGUUAUUCAAGUUCAGGUUCUUAUCACUUUGCACCUAACAGGCUCCAUCAUCUUUUUUGCUGGCUUCCAAUCCUUACCUGCAUGCUGUUUGUAAAACCACCCUUUCAAAAGAAAUUUAUGCUUCUGCUUCCCUUAUUAAUAACCAAUUGUGAUUUUCAUUAGCCUAAUCAAGUGUCCGUUGGUCUCUUUGGCAUUCAAAGCCUUCCAUAAACCAGCCUCACCAUAUUUAUUCAACCAUAAACCUUAACAAACACACCUAUUUUACUUAAACUGGUUGUUUACACCUUAGAUCUGGUAAAAGAAAAUCCUUAACCAAAUUAAAUUUAACAGAGUUUAAUUGAACAAAUUGGGCAGCUUCUUGAACCAGAGUAGGCUCAGAGAGGCUCCAGUGCAGCCAUGUACUGAAAGACUGAUGGACAGAAAAAGGAAAGUGACAUACAGAAGCACAGAAGUGAGGUACAAGAAACAGCUGGAUUUGUUAUAGCUGCACAUUUGCCUUAUCUGAACAUGAUUUGAACAGUUGGCACCCUUUGGCCCAAACUCAGUGAUUGUCACAAGAGCAGGUUACAUUCUGUUUACACAUCCUUUUAGGUUAUAGUUCACAUUGUAUAGAGAAACCUUUAGGCUAAACUGAAAAUAUGUAAGAAGGCAACUUUAGGAUAAACUUGAUUUAACGGACCAGACCUUAUCCCCAGCCCUAAUACCAUGUUCAGUUUUACUUUCUUACUUUAAUGCUUUAUUCUCUCACCUGUAAUGCUUAUAUUACUUGCUUUUCCAAAUCUUAUUAAUUCUUGUUCUUUACUGAAGUCUCUUUAUGUUCCCUCCACUUCUUUCAUAAACACAAUUUGGACUUCUAUGGCCCAUUCCAGUUAUUUUUGUUUUUGCUUAAUUUUUGUUGUUGUUGUUUGUUUUCUGAGACAAGCUCUCACUCUGUUGCCCAGCUGGAGUGCAGUGGCAUGAUUAUAGCUCACUGCAGCCUGGACCUCCUGGGCUCAAGCAGUCCUCCUGCCUCAACCUCCUGAGUAGCUGGGACUACAGGUGCAUGUCACCUUGCCCAGAUGAUUAAAAAAAUUUUUUUUGUAGUAGUGGGGUCUCCCUGUGUUGCCCAGGCUGAUCUUGAACCUCUGGGCUCAAGUGAUCCUCCCAUGUUGGCCUCCCAACGUGCUGGAAUUAUAGGUGUGAGCCACUGCACUUGACUCAACUCUAGAUUUUAAUCUUUGAAUUCUCAUUGUAUUAACACUCAGUAGCAAACAGUACCUUUCUUUAUUUUUAAUUAGUUUAAGUGGGUGAAUAUGUUUUUCCAACUAGAAUUCCAAUUUUCUGAGAGCAAAAUCCUUUUACUUCUUGUAUCUUUAUUGUAGUGUGCUAUGAAUGUAUGCUGGUUGAUUGAAAAACUAGAAAUCUUGACUCAGCUGUAAAAAAUCCUUUUUGAAUGAAUUUUAACUGCCAGAGACAUUCAUGAGGAUGAAUUGGGACUACAGGACAGUUGGGAACUACAUUUUGUUAUUUUCCUGAAGAAACAUUGCUGUAUGAAGAGAUUAAUUUUAAAAAGUUCCCUCUGGCCAACUAUCAAAAUUGGCUUUUAGCCUUGAACUAUCAAAGCAAAAUUUUCAGAGUUGCCUAGUGCAGAACAGGUAUUACGUAGCAAGCAAUUCAAGGUCUCUGAUCCUUAGCUAUGGGCCUGGCCAAGCCCUUUGGCAAAGAUAAGUUGAAUAAGGAAUUUACUUUUAUCUUCUCCUUCUUGAAAGUUUUAUGGAUUUGAUUCACAAAGAAAGGUCAAUCAUUGAAAUUUUGUGUUAGCUUCUUCUUGUUAUUCGCCAAGGAAAUUUAAAAUCAGGUAAUGAUAUCAAUCAAAAUAUAAGUACACAUAGUGCCUAAAAAUAACAUUAUGGUUGUGUUCCAUAAUAUUCUUGGCAUACUUUGUACAAGCCCUAGAGAACAAAGCCUGAGAGCCCAUGGGAAUUAAAGCUCCAGUUCUUUCGGUCAGUUUAAAUUUAGUUCUGUGAUCUUGAUAAGAUAGAAUUAUAUUUACAUUACUAGUUUCUACCAAUAUUCCCUUGCAUUUUCUUUUACAGCUUUUUCUAUUUCUGUGCCUUUUUGUACCUCUUCCUAUUUUCCCUCUAAAGCCGUAAGUAGAAUGUUUGGUCAUAGAGUUUAAUAAGAAGAGCAUUUGACUUUUCCUUGUAGCUAUCUCAAAUUCUAUUAAGAUUGUGUUUUAGGAUGAUUUAUAAUAUCAGUCUAUAGUUUGGGCUAUUAUUUUCACAUUUUUUGUUUUCUUGUGCUAACUUACUAGUAUUAUACAAAAAAGAGUUUUUCUUUUUAUUUGUGUAUGUAGGGGUUUCAGCCAAGAUUCCUGUCUUUAGUACUGGAAUAUUUGAAUUAGAGAAACUAAGAAAGCAAAAAAGGCUAAAGCUCUUGAUUCUUACCUUUUAUCCUUACAGGUAAUGACAUAUAAAUAUAUUUCUUUGGGAAAAUAAAGAAUGUCAAUUAAAUAGCACCUCAGUUAAUCCCUCCAGCCUGUGUGUUUCUUCCUCUAGGUGACUUGUAAGGGCCUGCUCAUAAAGCCAAUGAUAGCUCUGUUGCAUCUUUUAGUUUUCUUCUUUACACAUCCCAUACUUCCCAUACAUAUCCUACUUUUCUUCCCUGGUGAGUUUAAAGGUAAAAUAAGUAGAGAAGUGGGAGGAGAGACAGUGUGAAGGAGGUGCGGAGGCAUGAAAAAAUGUCAGGAAGAAAUCUGAGUGUAGCCCUCAAAAGACUGUUGCUUUCUCCACCCACUGCCCUAUUCUACUUUGUUCCUGUUGCCACUACUUUAAUAUUUUUAAAAGGAGUUUAAAAUAAAAAUUAAAUCUAUUUGAAUUUCAGUCCUGGACACUCAAAUAAAAGUGCUUUUCUGAAAAUCUACACUGUUUUUAAGACGCCUUCCUUGAUCACCAUGCUGUAUUUUAUGCAAAUCUGAGCAUUUCCUUCUUGAAAAAAGGAAGAGACUUAUUGAAUACAACUUUUGCCACAUGAAACUGUCUAAUCAGCCUCAUCUGAAAGUGCACAUUUCAUUUGAUGGCAUUUGCAAAUUGUUCCUUCCCCCCACCGCCAGAACUUGCAAUGUGAAAAUGCUUCCAUAUGCUAAAAGCUAGUCUACUAAUUUUGCUGAAGGAGAAAAAAAGAAAGUACGGCUAGCCAUUUUAUAAACAUGAAGGUACAAUGUGGGCAGAUUUGGCAAUGGGAGUCCCUCAGAGUUCACUGUAAACAACUUUGCAACCCCCAGGCCUCACUACUGUUCAAGAUGAGCGUAGAAAGUUGUUUUUGCCCUACAAAAGUAAAUUUUUAAAAAUGCAAUUGUAAUUUGUAUAUGGUUUAAAAAUAUCCAAAUGCAGUUAAAAUACAGCAUUAAACUAUGAUUUCUAAUAGAUCUGAACAUUUUAAGUGAAGGAAUACUUUUGCUUUCAGAUUCUUUGUGUAUCACAAGACAUUUUAGUAGCCACUACUCUGGGUGGUGGGCCCCCAACCCCUAAUGCGUGGAUUAUAGCAAUAGUUUUCUCCCUGAUUUCUCUAAAUUAGUCAUUCUCCCUUUUAACACUGUGCUACUGCUGCUACUAAGAUAAUAUUUCUUAAAUAACAUCAUGCCUUUUCCUACCAACUGAUCUCAUUUCCCCUAAUCUCACUAAUAUUUCUCCCAAAUCUGAUUUAUAAUUUUCUUUAAGGAGUCUUUGUGGUAAUCCCAUCCCAUCAGGCCCCAUUUUUCCACAGUACUUUUGAACGAAGCUUCUACUAUUAUUAUUUUCAUGUUGAUUUAUUAAAGUUUUUUAAAAAUUGUAUUAUGUCUGUUCUCUUUUUCCCAAGUAGAUAUCAGUGUGAUAGAAACAUUAUCUUCUAUUUCUUUUGACUGGAGACUGUUAUACUUAGGAGUACAUCAUAGAUGUUAAAUAUAUACUCUGUAAAUACAUAUUAUCAUUUUUAAAACUGUGGCUGUUUGUUUAAACCACAGACUAUUAAACAAAAGAGCUGAGUGAUGGUACCUGCACAAUGCUUAAUAUGUAGUAGAGAUGAUAAAUUCUACUGAAGUCUGCACUUUGCCUUUUUAAGAUUUAUUGCUUAGCUUUUAAAAUUAAUGGUUUUAUCUUUGAAAUAGAGAAAUAGGUCUAGGGUUCAUGCAGUUAUAAAUAAAAAAUUCCAUAACUUUAUUUCUAUUACUGUAGCAUCUUAUGUCAAAAGAAAAUAUUGUAAAGCGGAAGAAGUGGUGGGCGCUGUGGCUCGUGCCUGUAAUCCCAGCACUUUGGGAGGCCGAGGUGGGUGGAUCACCCGAGGUCAUGAGUUUGAGACCAGCCUGGCCAACAUGGUGAAACCCUGUCUCUACUAAAAGUACGAAAAUUAGCCAGGCAUGGUGAUGGGGGCCUGUAAUCCCAGCUACUGGGGAGACUGAGGCAGGAGAAUUGCUUGAACCCAGGAAGCAGAGGUUGCAGUGAGCCAAGAUCUCACCAUUGCCCUCCAGCCUUGGCAACAAGAGCCAAACUUGGCCUCAAAAAACAAAAACAAAAGAAAAAAGAAAAAGAGGAACUAACAUUACCUGAUUUUAAGACUUAAAAAACUAGAGCAAUCAAGGCAGGGUAUUGGCAUAAAGGUAGAGAAACAGAUCAGUGGGAGAGAACAGAGUCCAGAAACAGUUUCAUACAUACGUGGGCAACUGAGUUUUCACAAAGAUAUAAAGGCAAAUCAUGGGUGAAAGGCCAAUAAAUGGUGCUAAAACAAUUGGAUAUUCAUGUGAAAAAAAUUUAUUUAUAUCACAUGCCUUAUAAAAACUAACUCAAAACAGAUCAUAGACUAAAAUGUAAAACCUAAAACUAUAAAACUCCUUAAAGAAUACAUAGGGAGAAAAUCUUUGUUAUCUUGACAUAGGAAAAGAUUUCUUAUACAUACCUCCGAAAGCACAACCCAUAAAAGAACAAAUUGAUAAGUUGAACAUUAUCAAAAUUUAAAAUUUCUGCUCUUGAAAAGAGAAUGAGAAGGCAAGCCACAGAUUUGUGGAGAUGAUAUUUGCAAAAUAUAUCAUGAUAAAGGACUUAUAUUCAAAAUAUAAGGAACUCUCAGAAUUCAGUAAGGAUUCAAACAACCCAACAACAAAAAAUAGACAUUGGGCAGAGCAUGGUAGAUUACACCUGUAGUCCCAGCACUUUGGGAAGCUGAGGUGAGAGGAUUACCUGAGCUCAGAAGUUGGAGACCAUACUCACAUGAAAACCUCAGUGUUAUUGUUAGGGAAAUGAAAAGUGCACUGCGACACCACAUCAAAUAUUACUUCUUAUUCUAUAAAUAUGUACAAUUACUAGAUGUCAACUAAAAAUAAAAGGAAAAAAUUAAGAAGACUGACCAUAGGAAAUGUUGGUGAGUAUGUGGAGGAACUAACUCUUAAACCCUGCAGGUGGGAAUGUAAAAUGGUACAACUAUUUUAAGAAAUACUUUGGCAGUUUCUUGGCCAGACGCAGUGGCUAAUGCCUGUAAUCCCACCACUCUGGGAGGCUGAGGUGGGCGGAUCACGAGGUCAGGAGAUCAAGACCAUCCUGGCCAACAGGAUGAAACCCCGUCUUUACUAAAAAUACAAAACUUAGCCGAGUGUGGUGGCGCAUGCCUGUAAUCCUGGCUACUCAGGAGGCUGAGGCAGGAGAAUCGCUUGAACCAGGCAGUCAGAGAUUGCAGGGAGCCAAGAUCGUGCCACUGCACUCCAGCCUGGUGACAGAGCGAGACUCUGUUUCAAAAGAAAAAAAAAAAAGAAGAAAUAGUUUGGGUGUUUCUUAAAAUGUUAACCAUAUACCCAGCAUAUUCUUCAGCCAUUUCAUUUAGCUUUUUUACCCCAAAUAAUUGAAAGCAUAUGUCCAUGCAAGGGCUUGUACAUAAAUAUCAUAGCAGCUUUAUUUAUAGUAGCCAAGAGUGAAGUCACCCACACGUCCAUCAACAACUGAAUGGAUAAACAAACUAUAAUAUAUUGGUAUAAUGGAAUACUAUUCACAAUAAAAUGAAUUAAUUAUUAGUACAUGUAUCAACAUGGAUGGCACUUAAAAUAAUCAUGCCUAGAGAAAUUAGUCAGUCAAAAAAGAAUACUCACUGUGUGAUUUCACUUAUAUAACAUUCUGGAAAAUGAAAAACAAUUCAUAAUGAUCAUAAUGAUAGCAGAUGAGUGGUUACCUAGAGAUAAGGAGUAGAGGAGGAGAAAGGAAUUACAAAGAGGCACAAGAAAACUUUAGGAGGUUACGGAUGUUUUCACUAUCUUAACUGUGAUGAUAGUUUACAGGUAUAUACAUAAUCCAAAGGGUAUCCAAUUGUACAUUUUAUUGUAUUUACUUAUUUUUGAGAUGCAGUCUCACUCUGUCACCCAAGCUGGAGUGCAGUGGCACAAUCUUGGCUCACUGCAGCCUCUGCCUCCCGGGUCCAAGCAGUUCUCCUGCCUCAGCCUCCCAAGUAGCUGGAUUACAGAUACACGCCACCAUGCCCAGCUAAUUUUUGUAUUUUUAGUAGAGAUGGGGUUUCACCAUGUUGACUAGACUGGUCUUGAACUCCUGACCUCAGGUGAUCCGCCCACCUUGGCCUCUCAAAGUGCUGGGAUUACAGACAGGAGCCACCACGCCUGGCCCCAAUUGUACACUUUAAAUAUUUGCAGCUUUUUGUAGCUCAAGAAAAUUAUACCUCAAUUUAAAAAAAGAAAAAAUUGUAAAGAGGUGUUAAACACCCAGUUCACCAUCAAAAGCAAUAUUAUUCAACAUGCAGUAGCAUAUUGUAAUAAAUGUAAAUAUAAUUUAUAUAUUUACAAACAUAAAUAUGACAAUGAACAUAUACAUUAUUGAAGAGCCCCAUAUGUCACCUUUUAUCUUGGGUUUUAUAGAGUUACUAGGAUGUUAUCAAAGGAGAAGACCAUUUCAUAAAGGAAAUGAUUACACCUUGACCAUUCAGUACUUUGGUUUUUCAUAGAGAUUCUGUGUCUGCUACAAUAGUCAUUUUUAAAGAACAGCAAUCUUUGUUUAUAUUAAAAUUAUUGUGGACCAUCUCAGUCUUUAUCAAUAUUUCCUUCUUUCACUUUCUUGAUAAAGCCCCAUAUUUUGCUUCUGCUUCUGUGUUUUUUUUAAACCAAAUGAUUACUAAACAGGGAGUAGAGGGCCAGGUGUGGUGGCUUAUGCCUUUAAUCCCAGCUCUUUGGGAGGCUGAGGCAGGAGGAUCACUUGAACCCAGCAGUUUGAGACCAGCCCAGGCAACAUAGUGAGAUCCCAUAUCUACAAAAAUUUUUUAAAUUAGCCAGAUGUGGUGGCACGAGCCUAUAGUCUCAGCACUUUGGAGGCACUGGUGAGAACUGCUUGAGUCCAGGAGUUUCAGGCUGCGGUGAGCUAUUGCCACAUCACAAUUACCACUCUAGCCUGGGUGAGAGAGAGAGAGAGACCCUGUCUCUUCAUCUGUAGAAACUGUCUAAUACUAUUACUACUGUAUUGGUUAUGUGACUCAUUUAUAACAUAAUUUGGGAAAGGAAAUUCUUGAAUUUUAUCACAAGUGAGGAUCCAGAACUAAGUGAUGAAGUGGUUAAAAUAAUGGUCUCAGCCAACUCAAGGGUUAAAAUUUUCUUGGUAUUUAAUAUAUUGUGUUUAAUUUAUCCAUUAUGUAAGUAAGCUCAAAUCUCAUUGGUCUUUAUAUAAAAAGGAAAAAGAGAAAAAAAGAUAAAGCCCCAUAUUUUGCUGUUUCUCUCAUAUAGACAUCUUAUGUCAAUGUUAAUGUAGUCCUAUGUAGGCCUUCUUAUGUCAGUAUCAGUCUGAGUAAGAGCAAAUAAUGAAUUUAUGCUGAGGUACAAAGAUACCAUUUGAACAGCUUUAUAUUAACAUGUUACAAAGUACAAAAGUUAUACAAAUUUGUUAGCGUUUUUUCACUGCAAAAUAUUAUCAAAUUAGGAAAAAGCAGACACUAGGCAUUGGUUUUUACUACAUAUAAUGAUGUUUAAGAGAUACUUAAACUUUAUUUAAAAGCUCAGCAAUGAUUUGUCUAAGAAGAACCUACAGAGCUAAUAGUCUUUAGUUUUAGCUUUUGUUUUUUAAUUCUCAUUUAUAGCAACAAGCACAUCAACUAUUUGAUUUUCUUAUAUUUUGGGAGAAAGUUGUGACCAGCUGGCAGUUUGGAUUUGAAAUAACAAUGACAAAUAAGUGGCCUGUGCUGAAAAUUUUUAGGUAUAUCUCUUUAUGGAAAACUACCUUGGUGAUGUAAAACCACCCAGUUCUGUAGUUAUAUAAUACAGGCAAGUAGAAAAAUCAGGCAGGGCUGGGUUUUUAUUAAAGAUUUAGUUUGGUUCUUAGAAGUUAUGGCAGUUUCUUAUGAGUAAUCUAGUAAUAUCUAUCUUUCUGAAUUAAUUCUGCAAAACACUGCCACAUAUUGAUUAUUGUAAACAUUGUUGGUUUCAAGACAUGUUCUUUUUUUUUUUUUGAGACUGAGUUUCGCUCUUGUUACCCAGGCUGGAGAGCAAUGGCGCAAUCUCAGCUCACCGCAACCUCCGCCUCCUGGGUUCAGGCAAUUCUCCUGCCUCAGCCUCCUGAGUAGCUGGGAUUACUGGCACACGCCACCAUGCCCAGCUAAUAUUUUGUAUUUUUAUUAGAGACGGGAUUUCACCAUGUUGACCAGGAUGGUCUCGAUCUCUUGACCCUGUGAUCCACCCGCCUUGGCCUCCCAAAGUGCUGGGAUUACAGGCGUGAGCCACCGCACCCGUCCCGACAUGUUCUUAUUUUAACCCUCCUAACCCUUCAAAGAUUCCUCGUUACCUAUGGUUUAAGCAAUUCUGCAGUUCAUCACUGAGCUAUCCUUUAAUCCUCUGUGUCACUGCUUUUCAGUAUGAAUUGUCAAAGUUUCUAUGAUUUUUGUUUAUUUGCCUUUUGUCAAUCUUUGUUUAGUCUGGAUUCUCUGCCUUUCUCUCAUCUCUACCUACUCUUCUAAGCCCUGGAAUGCUUCAGGUACCACAUAAAUCACAUCAGCAUAAAAUCUUCCAUGACAUUCUAUUCAUAUAUGUUAUAAAUCCCUCUUUUGUGCUGAGCUAUCAGUGAUCACCAAGGUAAGGGCAGGAGGAAAGGAUGCUCCAUGGUACUCCACUCUGAUGCAAGAAGAAAAAUUAGAAAUUUACAAAUAUUUUUAUCUCAUCCUGUAUACAUUUUACUUUUUGUGUAUGUCUUAUAACAUACACAAUAAAUUGGUACCCAAAUAGAAAACAUAAAUAAUAAAAAUACUUACAUUGAGGGAGUGCGUGCCCAAAAUGUUUUACUGAUUGGGGUAAAGAACAAAAAGCUAAGAAAGCACUGAUCUAAUUGUCAGGUCUGUUUCCGCAAUUGUAAAGUUAGGUUGAGAACUGUACUAGAUAGAUUUCCAAGAUUUUUUUUAAGCUUAAAUGUUCAUGGAGUUAAAAAAUAUAUUUUGAAAAAAUUUUAAGCAUACAGAAAAGUUGCCAGUAUAGAACAGUCAGCUCCCUUCAGCCAUUCAUAUGGUGUGCUUUAUCCACUGUUAACAUUUUGCCAUAUUUCCUCCUUGUCUUCUAAUACACAUGUAUACAUAUUACUAUACUUUUGUUCUGAACUGUUAGUAAAUUGCAGAGGUUGCAACCCUUUAAGCUAAAUAUUAUACUAUGUGUCUCUUACAAACAGGCAUUCUCUUAUGUAAAUAAGAGGCAUAUAUAACAUGUAUGAAGAGAAUAACAGUAACUGAUCAAGUUCAGUAUAUCAUAGUUUAACGUAGAAUCCACAUUCAAAUUUGCCUUUUAUCCCUGUAUGACCUUUAUAGUUGUUUUUUCACUAAUCUAAGGAUUGGGGGAAUAGGAAUUUUCUUGCCAUGUCUAUUUAGUUUCCUUUAAUAUAGCAGCUUUUUAACUUUUCCUUGGCUUUUGUGACACAGACAGCUUUGAAAAGUAAAGGCCCAGCCAGAAACGGGCUCAUGCCUGUCGUCCUAACACGUUAGGAAACUAAGGUUGGCUGGAUUGUUUGAGUUCCAGACCAGCCUAGGCAACCUGGUGAAACCCUGUCUCUACAAAAAAAAGAAAAACAAUUAGCUGGGUGUGGUGGUGCGUCCCUAUAGUCCUAGGUAUUCAGGAGGCUGAGGCAGGAGGAUGGCUUCAGCCCUGGAGGCAGAGGUUGCAGCGAGCUGAGGUCAUGCCACUGCAUUCCAGCCUGGGCAAUAGAGCCAGCCCUUGUCUCAAAAGAAAAGAAAAGGCCCUUAAUUUUGUAUAAUGGCUCUGUUGGGUUUGUAUAACUGUUUCUUCUGUACCUUGAUUUUUUUUGUAGUUUAAUUCUGUGUGUGUAUGUGCAUUUGGGUGCACAUAGUGUGCACCUACGUGCUAUGGUGCUGUGUGUGAAUGUUGAGUCCUCUUUCCCAAACUAGAUUGUAAAUUCCUUAUAGACAGAGAUGAUUUAUUUUGGUAAUUUUUAUUCCCCACACUCCUAAGCACAUAAUACUUAGCCUGUGAUACAAAUUAAAAAUAUUCAUAAGUAAAAGUUCUUACAUAUCCCAUGGGUUAAGGAGAUGAUUUAAAACAAACAGAGAAGGACAUAUCAGAUUAAUUAACUCUCAGUAAUUAAGGAGGUCAAAGAAUACCAUAGUAACAAUAGAAGCAUUGUUUUGUUUUAUUGAAUCUUGAAGGAAAUUGGAUACUUCAAAGCAUAAUAUAAUAUGGAGCAUGCACUGUGAAUUCUGUACUAAUCGACAUGUGUAAUUUCAUGAUUUCUCUGAGGAAACCCUUUGCAAUAAUGUUCGAUCUAUUUUUCAUAUACAGAGUCCCAAAUAGUUUUUUCAUCUGACAUGGUAUUUUAGUGGGCAGUUAGCAUAAAAGAUCUUUGUCUUUUAAAAACAUGUUUCUCAAGAUUGGAAAUAUCUUAGGUUGUCAAGAAAAGAUCUCUUAUUAUCCUUUUAUUAUCAAAUAAGCAUAGUUGUUAGAAAGUGACUAAUCCAGAGAUUUGCUAUGGCUCCUUAUAAUUACUAUUUUUUUUUUUUGAGAUGGAGUUUUGCUCUAUUGCCCAGGCUGGAAUGCAGUGGCAAGAUGUUGGCUCACUGCCUGCAACCUCUGCCUCCCGGGUUCAAGUGAUUCUUCUGCCUCAGCCUCCCAAGUAGCUGUGACUACAGGCACACACCACCAUGCCGGGCUAAUGUUUGUAGCCACCACAUCCAGCCCCCUUCUAUUUAAUUUUUAUUUUGGUGGGUACAUAGUUAGUGUAUAUACUUAUGAGGUACAUGAUAUGUUUUGAUACAGACAUACAAUGUGUAAUAAUCACAUCUUGGAGAAUGGGAUAUCUAUCCCCUCAAGCAUUAUCCUUUGUAUUACAAACAAUGCAAUUACACUCUUAGUUAUUUUGAAGUGUACAAUUAAGUUAUUAUUGACUGUAGUUACCCUGUUUUGCUAUCAAGUAGUAGGUCUUACUCACUUCUAACUAUUUUGUUUUUUGUAUCCAUUAACCAUCUCCACCUCCUGCUAAGUCCCCAGUACCCUUCCCAGUCUCUGGUAACCGUCCUUCUACUCUCUAUGUCCCUAAGUUCAAUUGUUUUGUUUUUAAUAGUUAAUACAAAUAAGAAGCUUUUCCUUUUAAAGUCAGCAUGUGAAAAGAUACAUUGUAGUAGCCUUUUAGAGGCUCUGAUUUCCUUGAAGUCUGCUACUUAUUUGUAAAGGUCCAUGGUAAGAUUGAAUUUAUUAUUUAGAAUUUUAAAUUGGUAGCUUCAAGAAUGCUUAGAAGAUCGUUCGUUUCCUAUUUUAAUGAAGAACAUUUAAUAUACAGGUUUCCUUAGUAUUGACUUUCAUAAGUAUUAUCUGGGGGCAAUUACUGUCUCAGUUGAUUAUUUAUCUCUGAAGGCCUAUUUUAACUCUACAUUUAUCUGAACUUAACUGAAUAACUCCUCAUUAGUCAGCACAUAUUUUAGUGAAGAGGUUCUUAGGAGUAACGGCUGACAUUCACCAUAUUGUGGUUUGUCUGUGUGUAUGUGCCUGUGGAUAACUUGGCAAUCUCUUCCUCAGCGAAAUAACAGCCAGUGUGGUUCAGCCAAAGUUUAGAGGAAUAAAAUAACUGAAGUGGGAGGUUUUUAUGUAAUGCCAAGUGAUAUUAUUCUUAGUUAUUUCUUAUUGAAUUGCUCAGUUGGCAUUUGUCAUAGUAGAUAUUAAAACCAAACCAAGCAAACAAACAGUAAAAACCCAGUAAUAACCAACAAACAGGAAAUACCAGGUAAGUCAGAUUAUCUAGUUACUUGCCGUAUUUGAAGCCAAGAACUCUUCCUGUAACUCAAAAAUAAAUGUAUGCUUAGGUCAGAAUAUUUAGAAAUGAAAAAAAAGCCGAGCGCAGUGGCUCAGCCUUGUAAUCCCAGCACUUUGGGAGGCCCAGGCGGGUGGAUCACGAGGUCAGGAGUUUAAGACCGGCCUGGCCAACAUAGUGAAAGCCCAUUUCUACUGAAAAUAUAAAACUUAGCUGGGCGUGGUGGCGGGCAUCUGUAGUCCCAGCUAUUCGGCAGGCUGGUGCAGGAGAAUCGCUUGAACCCAGGAAGCCGAAGUUGCAGUGAGCCGAGAUUGCACCACUGCCCUCCAGCCUAGGUGACUGAGCGAGGCUCUGUCUCAAUAAAAAAAAGAAAAAGAAAAAAAAAAAGAAAGAAAGAAAUGAAAACAACAUCUUGUCUAUUUUUUCCAGGAUCAGAUUUAAUAGAAAACUGGUGAUGCAUUAAGUUUUUCACAGACUUGGCUUGAGAAUAUUUUAUAUGCUUGCUGUUUUUUAAAAAAUAGGAUUCAUUGGGAGCUUAUUUCCACUAUAGCAGGAAGAGGCACUGUGAUUCACUGAAUUGUGUGAAUUAAAGGCAUGAUCAAGGAACAGGCCCAUUGAAAAUGAUGGCCCUGCAGUAUUAAAAGUGCUUUGAUCUUCUGUUUUGACACAUUGAAUUUAUCUUUAAUUAUAUGUGAUGACAUUUGAUUACUCUACACUUAGAGUAUUAUAAUGUGGUUUGUAAAAUGUAGUUUGUAGUGUGUAACAACUGCAGCACCGGUUUUUCUGAAGAUAUGAAUUUACAGAGUGAUGUUUUAGUUUUGUUUAAGAGGAAACUAUUAGACUUCUAAAUUAACAGACAUUUAAAAUGUAAAUAUUUAAUAGACAGACAAAGUAUAAUUUUAAUACAGUAAGUAUUAGGACUAUACCCUGUGGGACUCAGUGCCUUAUUUUAAUAGAUGUAAUAUAAUUGUAUGUAGUGGUUUCCUGAUCUAUCCACUACUGGCUGCUUUACUACAGGUAAAUCACUUAAGUUCUCUGAACCUUUGAAAAAUGAAAGUCUUAGAAUACUUAAAGUUCAGGAUUUCAAUUAGGAAAUUCUUUGAAUCUACUAUUCUAUGAUGUCUUUGAUAGACAUAUGCAGAAUUCCAUAUUAAUUCUUGACACAUUUUCUAAAAGAAAGAUAUUUUUUAAAUAUUGUGUGAAUUAAUGGUUUUGGACCUUGCAUUUAAAUAUGAAAAUGAAGUACUUUAAAAAUACACUAUGACUUUUUCAUCUUGUGGGAGGGGCAGUGAGUUGGGGGUCAACCCCCCUAUGGGCCACAAUUGUAGAGAGAACUUUCAUUUGGAAUUUCCUGUAUUAUGCCAGCACCUUAGCCUUGAGGAUAUGAGUGUUUCUUUGAAAUUAUCUGCUUUGCUUGCAUUUACAUGCUCAACCUUGGAUUUUUCCCAAUUUAGGCAGUUAUAAGAGGUUCUUAAGAGUUUGAAGCUGAUCCUAAUUCUCUAGGGGAAAUUACUAAUUAUUCUUUCUUUUAAAAUGGUAGCCAUGUACAGUGAUUUUACUUUUAACAUCAUUUAAUCAAUUUUGUCAAUGUCCCUAAUGGGAUAGCCAGGCACAAACAAAAGCAAAAAGAAACUAACAAUAUUCUACAAGAGAAGUGACUAAUUAUAUAGAUUAUCAUUGGGAAGCAUAAUAUUCCAUGUGUUUUUAAUCCUAAAUUUUGCUUCUUUUUGCCAUACAACCAGUUCCUUACUUUUUAGGGAGGGCUUUUAUUGUAAAAAAGAUCUGCCGCAUGCAAUUAUUGGUUAUGACCAUUUAUUGCCUAAGAACUAAAGAGUGGAGUUUUCAUUUGAGUUUGUUUAUUAGAGAGGCAGAGUAUGUUUUAUCUGUGAGUACUUUGGGAUUUUUUUUUUUGAACUAAAAACAUACAAAUACAAUUAUUGGUUAUGACUAUUUAUUGCCCAAGAACUAAACAGUGCUGCUUGAUUUGAGUUUGUUUACUAGCGAGGCAUAGUAUGUUUUAUCUGUAAGUACUUUGGGAUUUUUUUUAAUUAAAAAUAUACAAAUAUGUAUAGUUUUGUACAUAUUUGUAUAUUUUUAAUUAAAAAAUAUACAAAUAGGUAAGCAGGUGAUGGCAUGAAAAGCAAAACUAGAAAGGUGUGAUCCUACAGCUGCAUAUCAAGCUACUGUCUUUUCUCUCACAGAUUAUUAGUGUGUGAAGAUUUUAUCAUAGCAUUUGUUUCUAUUUAGAGAGAGUAGAAGGGUGAAGCCUUACUAGAAACCAUUUCAGAGUAGUUACCACCAGACUAUAUAUGAAUGGAAAAGAAAAGUAAUACAGAUAAGUUAAACAUUAGAUAAUGAUUGGUUUUUAUUGCAUUAAAAAACCUGGGGAAAAGCAGUUGGAAAUAGGAGCCAGGCACUUAAAUCUGGGAAACUCAUUUUUGGUCUUUUUUUCCCCACUGCUUCAGCAGCUUGGGAAGGAUCUUUAGAGACAGAGCCUUCAGGCAAAAAGAUGGAGGAGAGAAAGCAGAUCAUAGACCCUAAGCAUCUCUAGGUUCUCUCCCUUUCUUGUUCGAGACAGCUGGUCAAUCUGAAUUGAAUCCUUAGUAAAGUUUCAUAUUAGGUGAUUUAGUAGAUAGUAGUUAAGGAAAAAUGAUGAUCUCAAAGAAUUAGCCUGAUUUUAUAAAAACCUUUCAUGGAGAUUAACCUAAUUUCUUUCUUCUUUGGAAGGCUAUUAGACUGUUGAUCACAGCAGACAGGGGUCUGAAUUUCAGGAAGCUUUUUGACAUGGUCCAUCAUGAUAUCACUGUGGGCAGGAUGGAUAAGAGUGAUAGGAUAUAAUAAUAUGGUUAUGUUGUUAUGCAGUUGGCUGAACAGGCAUCUGAGUGAUACUAUUUAAUGAUCUGUGUUAACCUGGAAGGAGAACUCUGGGAUACCAUAGGAAUCUGUCUUCAGCUUCAUUAUGUAUAUCAACAAAGAGUUAAAAGAAAAUAUAGCUGGCAUGCUGAUUAAAUUUGUAGAUAAUACACAGUUGAGGAAGGAUAGCUAAAUUAUUAAGCGAUAUAGACAGGAGUCAAAAAAGCUCUAAAAAUACCAGGAUGAUGGGCUUAAGCGAGAUAAAAUUUACUGAGGGCACGUUUAUAAUAUAACAUAAUAUAUAAUACUAUGUAUUACAGAAUAAAGGAGAAAUGACUUAGAUGUAGGGGUAGGAAAAAAAAGCUUAACAUUCCUAAGUUAACUGAACACUUAAUAUUAUCAACUUUGUCAUGUUCCUUUCAAAAAAUGCAUUGUGAUCUUAGGAAUGUCUAGAUCAUUAAUAGAAUGUCUAGAAUAAGAUUAGUAGUAGUCCUGCUUUAUUCUUUGCAUCCAACUAUUUUGUUCUGAUUUUCGUACUCUAAGAGUGAUAAACUUCAAGCAUAUCCAGAAGAAAAUGGCUAAAAUUUUUCACAUAACAAAGCUACAAAAAGAAGCCUAUAAGGAGUCCUAAUAGCUAUCUCUUAGUAUUUGAAGGGCGACCCUUUUGAGGGAAGGUUAGAAUGACACUGUGAAGCUCCAGAAGGCAAAGUGACAACCAAUUGUGACAUGAAGAUGGAUUUUGACUCUCUGUAAAGAAUAAUUGUCUGGUCCUUAAAAUUGUCCAAAGAAUGAAAUAGGCUGUGCUGGGAGUUAAAUAGUGAAUUUUCCAGGGUGUUGCCAGACUACCUUCCGGGCAUGUGGUAAUAGAAGAAACUUAUUCAUCAGAAAGCGGGUAAAACUAGUUGAUGUUUAGAUUAAGUCUGACUCUUUUUGGUGGUGUGUUUCCUAGUUGUUUAUACCAAUUUACUCUGUCAUUUGGCUAAGAGGCAGAGAAUGCCUUUGACCAUAAAUUGAUAAACAGGAUUCAUCUGUGUAUGUUAUUAUCAAAACAUGUCUGUGACUUUUGCAAGAAGCUUUAUUUUUAUCUACUCCUAAAAUAUCUUUCUGAAGUUAAAAGGACGUAAGUGUUUAGAAGAAAAAAUUUUUUUUCUAGGAAGAAUUAUUUAUAUUUGACACUUUUUAAAUUGGCAUCAAAAACAAGGUGAUCACACUGCAGCUAUCAGAAGAUAGUGCUAUGAAAUGAAUAUGUGCAGAUACAUCAGAGUAACCAAGUUAAUUGGUUUGUUCACACAUUUGUUCUUUUACUCAUUCAUUAAUUUAUAAAUAUUUUUUCAGAUACCUGGUAAGUACUGGUUGCUCUGCUAGGUACUAGGAAAUUGAUAUAUACUACAAUUUAUCUGGCCGUUUACUUACCUAAAAAUCUGUUAAUAGGCAGCUAAUCCUCGAAUAAAUAUAUUUUUAAAAAUUUUAAUUUUUGUGGGAACAUAGUAGGCAUAUAUUUUGUGGGUACAUAGUAGGUAUAUUAUUAUACAUUGUAUAUCUAUAUCAAAAUAUCUCGUGUACUCCGUAAAUAUAUAUUCCUACUAUAUGGCAACUAUAAGAAGAAAUAUAUACAACUAGGUGUAUAUAUGUUUAUUGGAGUACAUGAAAUAUUUUGAUACAGAUACACAGUAUAUAAUAAUCACAUCAGGGCCAUCAUGCUUCAGGGGAUGGAUACCCCAUCUUUUAGUUAUUUUAAAAUGUACAAAAAAUAAUUGUGAACUGUAGUCAUCCUGUUAUGCUAUUCAACACUAAAUUUUAUUAGUUCUAUCUAAUUAUAUUUUUGUAGCCACUAACUAUCCCACCUUCCCUCCAGCCUCCUACCCUUCCCAGUCUGUGGUCACCAUCAUUCUACUCUCUAUUUCCAUGAGUUCAAUUGUUUUAAUUUUUAGCUCUGUCAAACAAGCGAUAACAUGCAAAAUUUGUCUUUCUGUGUCUGGCUUAUUUCACUUGACCUAAUGACCACCAGUUCAUUUAUGUUCUCACAAAUGACAGGAUCUCAUUCUUUUUUAUGGCUGAAUAGUACUCCAUUUUGUAUAUGUACCACAUUUUCUUUGUCCAUUCAUCUGUUGAUGGAUACUUAGGUUGCUUCCAAAUCUUGGCUAUUGUGACUAGGGCUCCAAUAAACAUGGGAGUGCAGAUAUCGCGUUGAUAUACUGAUUUCCUUUUUGUGGAUGUAUACCUAGUAGUGGGAUUGCUAUAUCAUACUGUAACUCUUAUUUUUGGUAUUUUGGAGACCCUCCAAUCUGUUCUCCAUAGAGGUGGUAAUCAUUUACAUUCCUGUCAACAGUGUAUGAGGAUUCUCUAGUGAGCAAUUACUUUAUUUUUUAUGAUGUAACCUCUAAAGACAAGUAUAAAAGAAACCCUGGACAAUUCUGAUUUUUAGCACUGUAUUCUAACAGUGUUAAAUAUUAAAAGUGCUAACUAUUCUAACAACUAUAUGUUAAUAACUUAACUAUUAGUAUAUAUAGUUACAAGUAUAUUAUAACUAUUAGGUAUCCAUUAAAAAAUCAUACCUUUAUGUACUUCAAUAUUAACAUUGCUUUGAAACUGAAUACUGAGGUAGAUUUUUUUUCAGGUUUUGUUCUUUCUUUUCCUUUUUUGGACUGUUGUUAAUUUCCAUAUUGCUUUUUUGAAAGGAGAAAUAAGAUAUCAUGUAAGAGGUUCAAAAAUACUAACCAAUGUUUUUUUCAAGAAGAAAAGCCAUUUUUGUUCUCCUGGAUAAACAUAUUUUUAGCUGGUUUUAAAUUUAAUGUGCAUCAUGCUAUGUAGGCAAGACUGAUCUUAAAAAAGAAAGCUUUUGUAAUAUUAAGCCAACAAAGACAUUGCCUGCAGGAUAAGUGAAUAGUGAACAUAUUCACUGGUUACAUGGUCAAGUUUUAUCUUUAACUUAUUUUAAUAUAAGUUGGUUAAUGUGUUUCAUAUUAAGAGUAUACCCUUUUAACAGUACCUUAUAAAUAAUUAUUAAGCCCAGGUAGGGUAAGUUAGAAUUACCUAGUUUAACAGUUAGAAAUAUGAAAUGAGAAGUCAGUGCUCCUUUGUAUGACUAAGCUCAAGCAGGAUUUAAGGCAGGGAGGGGUCCCCACUGGUUGAUCUUCAAAUCUUAUCAUGUCUAAGACUGUUACUACUGCCAUUUGUCUUUCUCUGGUUUUCUAGGAUUCUUUGGCAAAAUGUUAGCUCCUUUUCAUCAAUCUUCCCAUCUGCAACUCAUGAUUUUCUCUAACAUUUCCCAUAGUCAUCUCAAGAUUGCAGAGAAAUAGAAGAGAUAUUUGUAUACUCAUGUUUAUAGCAGUGUUAUACACAAUAACCAAAAGGUGGAAUCAAUCCAAAUGUCAUCAAUGGGUGAUUCGAUAAACAAAAUGUGGUAUGUUAAUAUAAUUGAAUAUUCAUCUUGUAAAAGGAAAAACAUUCCGACACAUAUACAACAUGAUGACCUUGAGGACAUUAUGCUAAGUGAAAUAAGCCAGUCACAAAAAGACAAAUAAUGUAUGAUUCCAUUUAUAUGUGAUACCUAGACUGCUUAGCAGAUUAGGGGAUCUUCAGGAUUUGUAGCUCACAAUAGGAUAUAACUAAUUCAUCUACUCCACAUGUCCCAAACUGUGAUCUUAGUAUCUUUUUCUCACAAAUUUGUCUUUGCUCCUUCCAUCCCAAGUUAGAAAUAUGGAUGUCAGCCCAUACUUCUUUUUUCUCCCUCUGAAUACUAUUGGAGACCAAGCCCUGCUGAUUUUAUGUUCUUCAUUUUUUAAAAAAUCUGCCUUCUCUACAUUGCCUGUAAAAUUUAUUCAUUCAAGGAGUACUUAAUUAUAUAGUAUUCCAGAUGGUGUCAGUGCUGUGAAAAAAGAAAAAGUAGGGUGGGAUGGGGUUUGAGAGUGUGGGAGGUGGGGAGAGGGUUGCAAUUUUUAAAAUGGUUGUAAUGAUGGUCCAGGCCUGGUGCUGUGGUUCAUGCCUGUAAUCCCAGCACUUUGGGAGGCCAAGGUGGGAGAAUCACUUGAGUCCAGGAGCUCAAGACCAGCCUGGGCAACAAAGUGAGACCUGGCCUCUACACAAAAUUUAAAAAUUAGCUGGGUGUGGUGGUGUGUGCCUGUGGUCCCAGCUACAUGGGAUGCUGAGGUAGGAGCAUUGUUUGAGAACAGGAGGUCAAGGCUGCAGUGAACCAAGGUUGUGAUAUUGUACUCCAGCCUGUGCUGACAGAGUGAGAUUCUGUCUCCAAAAAAAAAAAAAAAUAAGAUGGUCCAUAUCAAUGAAAUCUCAGCAAAAACCUGAAGGAAGUAAGCCAUGAGAAUAUUUGGAAAAAAGGCUUUCCAAGUAGGGAGAACAGUCAGUGCAAAGACUUUAAGAUGAGAGCAUGCUUGGUGAGUUCAAGGAACUCCAGGGAAAUCAGUAGAUCUGAAGUGGAAAAAGGUCUUAGAGGUAACAGUGGUCCACUCCUGUAGGGCUUUUGUGAGACGCUGAAUGGAUAGAUACUUUGAGCAAAGGAGAGAUACCUAAUUUAUAUUUUUAAAAGACCACUGGCUGCUGGUUGAGACCAGAUUAUAUGAGCAAAGCAUAAAUUAGACAAACUGGGAGGUUGUUGGAAUAUUUCACUCAGGAGGUGAAGGUAGCUUAGACAGAGUGGUCAGUGACAGUGGAGGCAGUGAGCUGUGGAUUCUAGAAUUUGGAAGAUAGAGCCAACAUGAGUUUUUGAUAGAUUAGAUGUAGAAUAUAAGAGAAAGAGUUGAGAUAAAUCUAUGUGGUUUUUUCCUCCCCUACCCCCGCAAGUAAGUGCAUUUUCCAUCAACUUAGAUGGGAGGAAAGGCUGUGGGUAGAGCAGGUUUAGAAGGGAAGAACAGGACUUGUUAACUUUGAUACGUCUAUUAGGUAUCUAAGUGGAGGUAUUGAGUAGGCAGUCAGAUAUCUGAGUUCAGAAUUUCAUUGGAAGUAAAUUUUGGAGUCAUAUGAAAAUAUAUAGUAUUUGAAAUAAAAACCUAGAUAAAUCCCCCAAGAGAAUGAAUAGAUGGAGAAAAGGAAUAAGAACUUAUCCCAGGACAUUUUAACAUUAAGAAUCUGGAUUCGGGCAGAGUAGAGGAAGAGAGGGAAUCAACAAAGGAGGCUGAGAAGAAGCAACCAGUGAGUUAAGGGAGAAAUCAAGAGUAUAGUGUUUUGGAAGCCAAGUGAAUGAGAGUAUCGAGGAGGAGAGAGUGAUUCAUUACUGCCUUAGUUUAGGUCCUAGUCACAGUCACUUCCUAAACGAUGACAGUUAACUUUGGUCUUUGUGCCUCUAGCUCUAUCUCCAACCCUUCUCUAUACCUCAUCUUUUUCCUAUUGUCUGUUAUCAAAAUGUUCUUUAAAACAAACGAAAAAGGCCGGGCGCGGUGGCUCAAGCCUGUAAUCCCAGCACUUUGGGAGGCCGAGGCGGGUGGAUCACGAGGUCAAGAGAUCGAGACCAUCCUGGUCAACAUGGUGAAACCCCGUCUCUACUAAAAAUACAAAAAAUAUUAGCUGGGCGUUGUGGCGCGCGCCUGUAAUCCCAGCCACUCGGGAGGCUGAGGCAGAAUUGCCUGAACCCAGGAGGUGGAGGUAGCGGUGAGCCGAGAUUGCGCCAUUGCACUCCAGCCUGGGAAACGAGAGCGAAACUCCGUCUCAAACAAACAAACAAACAAACAAAAAACAAAAAAAAACCUCAGUUGGCACAAAAACACAUUGAAAAUGUAAUUCUGCAGUAAAAAAUUUGCCAGGUACUUCCAGUUAUCUAUGAAAUCCAUGUUCUUUUUUAUGAUGUGGAUCUUCAUGAUUUACCGUGUCUGUUUUUCCAGUCUUUCUAUCUUCUGCUUCCACCUUAUUGAAUUAUUUAUUGACUCUCAUACUAUCUUCUCUCCUUCUGGAAUUGUGUUUGCUAUUAUUUACUUGUCUGUAUCCCUCAUAAGUUUUUUGAAGGCAAAUAUUAUUUCUAGUUCAUUUCUAUAUCCCUGCACAAUAUGUGAAACAUAGUUGUACAAGUUGUACAUCCUUAAUCUGGAAAUCUGAAAUCCAAAAUAUUCCAAAAUUGAAAACGUUUGAGGAUUGGCAUGAGGCCACUGGUGGAAAAUUCCAUACCUAACCUUAUGUGACAGGUUAUCAUCAAAACAUAGGUGUACAGCAUUUUUUUUUUUUUUUGAGAUGGAGUCUCACUCUGUCACCCAGGCUGAAGUACAGAGGCUCACUACAACCUCUGCCUCCUAGGUUCAAGCAAUUCUUCUGGCUUAGCCUCCUGAGUAGCUGGGACUACUGAGCUAAUUUUUGUAUUUUUAGUAGAGACAGGGUUUCACCAGGUUGGCCAGGCUUGUCUCGAACUCCUGACCUCAUGAUCUGCCUGCCUCAGCCUCACAAAGUGCUGGGUUUACAGGUGUGAGCCAAAGUACCUGGCCCUUAUUUAGCGUUUCUAAGGGAAAAAAGACCUUUUUAGCCUACCUUGAGCUGCGGUAUAUCUUCCCUGUGCACAUCCCUGUGCACAACCUUGUGCACACUCAGAUUCCCCUUCAACAAGCAUGCCCACGAAGGGUAAUAAAAUGGCACAUGUGCAGGUUGGAACAAUGGCAGGUUCCUCAUGAUGCCUCACAUGAGGCUAAGGUCUGUGAGCAUUACUUAGUGUGUUUUUUUGCUUGUUUUUUACUCUGUGGUGUAAAGAUACUGUUGCAAAUGUUAAAAAAAAAAAAAGAAGGCCUGCAGAUACUCCCAUGGUAACAGUGAUAAGAGAAAGAGGAAGCAUUUGUUAUCUAUAGACAGAAAGCCAAGCUGUUAGAGAAAAUGGACAGCAGUAUAAGCAUGAAAUGCCUUUCAGAAGAGUAUGGUAUUGGAAUGACCUAAAGUUACAGAAGGAUAAACUGUUGACAUUCUAUGCUGAAAGUGAUGAAGUUAGUGCAAAAUAGAUAAACAGUGCAUAAAGUUAAAAAUGAAGAUCUUGAUUACAUACUGAAAAGAAUGGACCCAUCAGUAUUGCAGUGAACACACAUAACUUAAUUUUAUGCUGAUCAUGAAACAAAGAUUGAUUACAGUGAAUUGAAAAUUGAAGAGAACUGUGAAUAUUCAACAGGCAAGUUGCAGAAAUUUUAAAAAAGACAAGCAUUACAUUUUUGAAGAUUUGCACAAAUUGUUUACUGAUCAUGAAACAGCAGAGAAAUGUAUUGAUAAAUUUGCCAGGGUCAUUGCUGAUGAAAAUAUUAUGCCAGAACAAAUCUGUAAUGCUGAUGAAACACCACUGUUUUGGCAUUACUGCCCCAGAAAGAUACUGACUACAAUUCAUGAGACAGCCCUUAUGGAAUUAAGAAUGCAAAGGACAAAAUAACAGUGUUGAUAUGUGUUAAUGUAGUAGGCACACAUAAGUAUAAACUUGCUGUGAUAGGCAAAAGCUUGCUCAUUAUUUUCAAGGAAUGCAUUUUUAACCAGUCCACUAUUAUGCUAACAAAAAGGCAUGGAUCACCAGGGACAUCUUUUCUGAUUGGUUUUGUAAACAGCACUUACCAGUGGCUUGCGCUCACUGCUGGAAAGCUGGAUCAGAUGACAACUGCCAGAUUUUAUUGUUCUAUUAAAACUGUUCUGCUCAUCCUCCAGCUGAAAUUCUCAUCAAAAAUCAUGUUUGUGUCAUGUACUUUUCCCCAAAUAUUACUUCAUUAGUUCAGCCAUGUGACCAGGGUUUCCUUUAGAUCAAUGAAGAGUAAAUAUGAAAACACUUUCUUGAAUAGCAUGCUGACAGCUAUAAACAGAGGUGUAUGCAAAAUGUUUUCAAAAGGAGUUUAGCAUGAAGGAUGGUGCAUAUGCUGUUGCCAGUGCUUGGAAUACUGUGACUAAAGACACAGUGCAUGUCUGGCACAGGCUCUGGCCUGCCUCUGUUGGCAAUGAUGAUGAACAAGGUGAUGACGUUGAAGGGUUCUGUAUGUCAAGUGAGAAAAAACAAUGUCUGACCCCACAUAUGCAAAAAAUAUGCCUUCAGAGCCCAUCAGUAAGCUAGAAGAAGUAGAUGUCAAAGGACCUUUUAAUAUCGAUAAUGUUGCUUUGGUUGUUCUUUCAUUGACCAAUGGUGAAAUAGCCGAAAUAGUUCUGAAUCAAGACGAUAGUGACAAUGAAGAUGAUGGUAUUAACAUUGCAGAAAAAGAGCCCAUAGACAUAGUGAAAAUGUGUGAUUGGGCACAAUGAAGGACUAGAGCAGUGUACGUUCAUCAGAGAACAAUAAAUUAUGUCAGUUUAUAAAAUCAAAGAGACUUUUAAGACAAAAACCAUUGUUAAUGAGGCAGAUGACUUUGGAGGAAAUAUUUUAAAAAGCGAUGCAACAGAAUACCUUCUCCUUCCUGAGAGGAACAUCCCCUGGUCCCUUGACUGCUUCUGAUGUUUCUUCUCACCAAACAAAAUAAAAUAGAGUGUACAGUAGUAACCUUUUAAUCAGAACACAAUAUUCUAGGUGGAGACCAAAAUCCUACCAUUGUUUGUUGUUGCUGUUGCUCAGUAGCUGACGUAAGUAUUCUGGUGAUGCUACUGAGCUGCUUAGCCGCUCUGAACACAUUAUUUUUCAGUUUAUAUAAUAUUUUUACUCUUAAGUAUUUAUGUGUGAAUGAGUGUAAGAAAAUGAUUCCUUAUUGGUUGCAUAUAGAUUCAAUCAGGAGUGAGGAUGAUGGCAAAUAACCAGAUUGUCCACAUGGUGGCUGAGAUUGAAUGUACACACACCUUGUUUUAUGCACAAAAUUAUUUAAACUGUUGUAUAUAAGUACCUUUAGGCUGUGUAUAUAAAGUAUAUAUGAAACAUAAAUGAAUUUUUUGUUUAGACUUGGAUCUCAUCCCAGAGAGAUCUCAUUGUGUAUAUGAAAAUUUUUCACAAUCAAAAGUUCAAAAGCCAAAAUACUUCUAAUUCCAAGCAUUUCAGAUAAGGACUACCCAAGUUUUACCAAACAGAUGCUUGUUAAAAUACUAUUUUUUGUUGCUCAGGCUGAACGCAGCUUCCUGGGCUCAAGCUAUCUUCUUCCUGAGGAUCUGAGUUGCUGGGACUAUACACAUGUUCAACCACACUCAGCUAAACUUUGUUAUCUUUAAAGGAAUUAAGUAAAUGAGGAAAAAAGUCUUUUAUAUUUAAUUUAAUACCAAGUAUUAAUAUUUCAAUUUAAGUUAAAUUUAUUAAAAUUAAUUUCAAAAUAUUUACUAUAAUAUUAAAUGUAAAUGAAAUAAUUUAUAAAUAAUAUCCAUAGGUAAAUAUUAAAACUAAAUAUCAAUGUUAAA